AUGGCGGCCUCGGUGUUGCUGGGGUCUGCGGACAACAACGGACUCAAUUUCACAAUUGGAGGUGGCGGUGGCACCGGGAAUGUCUCAGUGGGGAAUAAUAACGGACUAGGGCCGGCAGGUCUGGCACCCUGGAACCGGUCUCUUGACCGGGCGUUGGACGAAGCCUCGGCCACCGGGUUCCUGAACCUCAGCGGCAGGAAGCUGAAGGAGUUUCCCCGGAGCGCUGCCAACCACGACCUGACGGACACCACCAGGGCCGGUAAGUGAGCAGACGGUCCAGGGGACUGGCCAGGCUCCCGUCGAGCUGGUUAUAGUAACUUUGAGUGCGUUUUGUUGACUUCAGGGGCGUGGAGAGGGUAUAUCCAACUUCAACGGCUCUGCAGAACAAAACAGUCAGGGCCGGUGUUGUGACAAUUUUUGCCCCCCUCCCCUCCCCUCAAAAAAAAAAAAAAAAGUCUCCUGUCCUGAUUCCCAUGUAAGAAGAUCAUUGUCAUCGUUCACCAUCGUAAUUGGCAGGGCAUUUUUCAGAGCAUUUUUUUAUUAAGUCUGGGGGUCCUGGUGAACUAACUUUUUUUUUUAUUUUAAUCAAAAUAGUUGUAAAUGCGACAUAAUGAUACAGUGUCCGCACAUUAGAAGGAACCCUAAACAACGUCAGUUAACUUGUAGACUUAUGGAAGUUGAAUAGUUUUGGAAACUGUUUUCGUUAGUACACCCGGGCUGAAGCGGUUGCUGGUUUAGCAAACUAGGACGCUAAUGUGCCAAAGUAGUGUUUGCAGUCUGCGGUGAGUAAACAGGACAGUGGCCCUGAUGUUGUUAGCACGCUGCUAGCUGCUGGGGUUGAAGAAAGCUGGCGGUUUACAGUUCGGACCGGCAGGAAGAACGGCAGUUUGACCGUCCGGUUUCGGGGCCACCGAGCUGUCAGAGCCUCACCCAGAGUUCCUGACGUCACUGGGUUCGAAUAGGUGAACGCACAACUGGUCAUGUUUAGUUUGAUACCUGAGGUGCCUGAUGAGAUAAUGAGGCAGGGCUGAAUGAAGCUACUCCGCCCACCCGAGGGUGACGGGCCGGCGUGGAGAGGCAAAACAUACAGAGCAAGGGAGGUGAGGAGGCUUGAGAGUGACAGCAGAGCAGGAGGAGACAACACAGAGACUGACAGACAGACCCAGAGAGAGCGACAGAGACAUACAAACAUAUAUAUAUAUAUAUAUAUGUCUGUAUGUCUCUCUCUCUCUCUCUCUCUCUCUCUCUAUAUAUAUAUAUAUAUAUAUAUAUGUCUGUAUGUAUAUACAUAGAGAGAGAGAGAGAGCGGGGCUGACAGACAAAAAGACGAACAUAGACUAACAUAAAGAGAGAGGAAGGCCGACAGACAGAAAGACUGACACAGAGACAGAUAAACAGAGUGAGAGAGAGGGACUGACAGAGAGACAGAGAGAGCGACACUGUCAAACACAGAGAAAAACAGACUGUUUGAUUUUUACAAUUUUACAUCCCUUGCUCUCAUAUUCUGGGAUGCUAUUGUCUCCUUUCGAGUCAGUGUGAGCAGUAACAGAAUUAAAGACGAUAGGAUGAUGAGAGGGUGGGCAAGGAGACGAGAGUGGUGUACUGUGUUUUUUAGAGCUCUUCGUAGCAUGCCUUAUCUUCCUAUUGAAAACCACUUUCUUGAACACCUGUUGUCCUUUAUUUCGUCAUUAUACCACUGUUAAGUGGAACGCAAAAAUAUCUGCUGAAAAUGCACAAGGUGGAAAAGGAGUUGGACGCCCACUUGCCAACACCGCAGCUAAUGCUAGCCGCAAUCAAGCUAGCAAGAAGUCACAGGAGAAGUCACAGGCUGAAAGCGAUGACGAGCUUUCACCCGCUUGUCAAACAAAAUUGUCAAAUUGUCAAACAUGCUUUUGCAGUCUUUUAACGAGUGGUUUUAUAAGUUUGAGCAGAAUUUUCAGAACAAUAUGUCCGCCCAGCGGGUGCUAACUAAGCGACUGACUACCACCCAGAGCUAAGGCUGCACGAUUUUGGUCAUAUCCCGAUAUAGCUCAUUUUAUAUCCCAAUACGAUAUACAUCACGAUAUAGUACAUUUUUUGUGAAUUCAAUUGAUGUAUAGUUUAUAUAAAAUAUAAUAUUCGUAUGUAGGCUUAAAGUAAAUAACUCAUCUGAUCAUUAAAAUAAAUCAUCUGAUCAGCCGUGCCACCGCAUCAGCAGCAGGAUGGAAACAGGACACGGAGACACGUCAGGUGUUGUGCCAUAGAAUGUACCCCUUCCGUAGAAUGCCCCCCUGACGAGAGCGCGGUUGAAGAUACAUAACAAGGCGGAAUAAUCCAAGUUUUCCUUACCGUUGGACUGAUUCUAAAGCGUGUGCCUUUAAUGAUUUAAUACAGGCUUUUCAGAUAUGCCGAAAACAACGGCCCUCUGAUUCGGAAUAUUUGCUGCCCCGAAAAUAUAAUGUUCUCUACCAUGACAGCUAACUGUACAGUUUAAAUACGCAAAUACACCUCUCUAUGUGCUUUUUUUAAAAACCUAAAAACAGAACGAAAGUUUGCUGCUCCAUUUGACAUGUUGUCAUGAUCCAAUACUCGUGUUUUUUUAAAUAUGAGAUUUAUGAAUUUUUUUUCCACUUUAAGAAGCUAAUGAGUGGAUGGGAUGCAGGGGAUGCAUUCUACGGCAUAACACCUAUCAAGCUGCGCGAGGAAGAAGGAGGAUAAGCGGGGAGACGAAUUAAAUAUCUUGUUAACUUCAUCAUGGGUGACUGUUUACUGGAUAUUUAAUUUAAUGCGGUUUCAGCUGUGUUAAUUCGGUCAGGUGGGGUGUCCAAACGCGCUCAUCAGAUCAGAUAUAGAUCAGAGUAUAUCGAUAUAGAUCUACAUGUAUGUGCUGACUCAGAAUAAAACUACAGCGGUCUGCUCCGUGUCGCUCCUUUUAAAACCAAACCACGACCACACAACUGACGUUGUCCCCCGUUUCGGCAGCAACUCCUCCGUCUGCGUUUGAUGCACGAGAAUUGUCAUCUCUUUCGCCACAAUAACCCGGCUCCUCCAUGCUUGUUUGUGUUUUUCACAGUGGCAGUAGCGCGUGCGGGCAUGCAGUAUAUGGAGCGUCACGACGUAAAACACUGCCGUAAAGCGUGUUUUUGCGACACCGCGAUAGAAACGAUAGAGCUCAUGUAUCCCGAUAGAAAUUUUCUAUCGUUUAGACGAAACAUAUCGUUAUAUCGUGCAGCCUUACCCAGAGCCAGGCUGCAGACCAUGAGCAACGUAUCCACACGGUGGAAACUUCAGUAGCUGAACUGCGACAAGAGAAUAAAAAGUUGCGGGCUAGGCUGUCGGAUCUUGAAGGGAGAUCCAGGCACAACAAUAUAAGAAUUGUUGGUGUCCUGGAGGGUGAGGAGAAGGGGAGGCCGACUGAGUUUGUGUCUAACCUGAUCCCUAACACAGGUACUCGUAGGCACGCACAGGCACACAGACACAGACUUUUGGAUACAGUGCUGCAAGUGAGCAUCGUGAGAGAAAAGCAAGCAAACUGAAUGAACACGGCAGCUUUGGUGUCUAAACCGAACGCAACAGCCCAAGUGUGGGAAUAUUUUGGCUUUAAACCAAAUGAAAGAGGUGAGCCCACAAAUACAGAUGAGCCGAUAUGUCGUAUUUGUUCCAAAGUUGUGGUGACAAAGAAGGGGAAUACGACGAACAUGCAUGAGCACCUGAAGCACAAUCAUCCCCUCCAUUUUUCCCAACUGAGCAAAAAAAGUACCGCCGGAGGUGCUGCGGAGCCAUCGUCCCGACAAGUACCGCUUACUGAAGCGUUUGGUAAGCAAAGCAAAUAUAAACAAAACACCGCAAAAUGGUGCACGCUGACAGACAGCGGAAAUUAAAGUUUAUUAAUUUUGACAUGGUGUACUCGCAUUAUUAUGCCAUAUAUUAUCAUUUUCUAUAAUUUAAAAAACGGCGUCAAUAAUAUCGUUUAUCGGCAAUAAUUUGUAGCACAAUUAUCGUCCAGCAAAAUUAGUUAUCGUGACAGGCCUAACCAAGGACAAGUAAAAUCAUUUAACAAUCUGGAUGAGGCUAAAGCUUUUGUAAACCAAAAGUCUGAGCCUCAUUGUGAAAGCCCACUUUUCUAAAAAUAGAGGAAAAUAGUCUAUGUGUUCUAAGCAAACGUUUACCUCUGCGUUUUUGUUUUCAAUGCUAAAUUCACUUUGUUUUACUCUGUGUGCUAAUGUGGGGUGGUUAGGUAGAGGUACACCACAGGCCAAAAGUUUGGAAGCAAGGCCAUUACAGGCCGAACAGUUGGGAGUAACUUCAAGUUUUUGUUCACAAUGCUUUUUAUUAAAACCCAGCAUGAGUUUUAUGUAUUUUGGGAUGUAUUUACUCCAUGAUCAGAUGUUGCUUUCAUGGAAAUGCCCCAUUUUACUCCAUUUAUACAUUGAUGUUAACAGAUCAUUGCUAAAUGUCAGCAAAAGAUAAUAAGGGCUAAGUUUUAGGGUUGAAAACAUUUGCAAGAGUCACAACUUCAAUGCAAAAGCAAAAAAAACCAAAAACAAAUCACAGUUGGAUUAUUCACUUAAACUUUUUGGCUUUUGAGAGUCUGCAUACAAAAAUCCUAAUAAAUCUCAACUGUGUUCAAACUACCGCAAAAUGGCUAGAAAGAAGCCACUGAGUAAAGAAACAAAAGUACAGAUUUGUACAUUGAGGAAAGAAGGAUACACAGAAAGAGAAAUUGCAAAACGCCUAAAGGUGUUUAACAAAGGAGUCCACUACACUCUGAAGAGACUAGAGGAACCUUGAAGUUAUGAUGAUAGAAAAAGACCUGGACGAAAGAGAGUUACUACAAAAGCAAAGGAUAAACAUGGUAUUGUCACCAGUAAGAGAGCUCGGCAAAAGACAGCACAACAGCAAGACAGAGGAAAUCAACAGGACAAGGUCCAAACCCAUAUCUCUGACAUCCGUGAAAUGAUGUUUGAGAAAGGCUGGUCUGAAGGGUUGUAUAUCUGCAAAAAACACUACUUUGUCCACUAAACAAGAAAAAGAGAUAUGAGUGGGCAAAAACUCACAAAAAUUGGACUUAUGAUGACUAGAAACAAGUUUGAACUGUUUGAUUCAAAAUGCAGAGUCUAUGUCCGCAGACAAACUGGUGAAUGUCUGAAAGCACCAUAUGUUACACCCACAAUUCAGCAUGGAGGUGGUAGUUCCAUGGUAUGGGGAUGUUUUGCAGGUGAUGGAGUAGGAGAUUUGUUUGAAGUAAAGGGUAUCAUGAAGAAGGAACAGAACCACUCCAUCCUCCAGCAUCAUGCUGUUCCAUCUGGACUCAGACUUGUGGCUCAUAAGUUUGUUUUGCAGCAAGACAAUGACCCUAAGCACUCUGCCAAGCUCUGUCAGGGUUACCAAGACAAAUAAGAAGAGGAAGGUGUUCUUUAAAACAUGGUUUGGCCCCCUCAGUCUCCAGACCUUUCUCCAAUUGAGCUUGUGCAGGAUGAAUUGGAUCGAUCGGUCAGAAAAACGCGUCCCACAAAUCAGCAGUCUCUUUUUAAUGAACUUAAGAAAGCUUGGAAUGCAGUCCCUGGAACAUACCAUAGAAAACUUGUGGAACGAAUGCCUGGUAUAUGCCAAGCUGUUGUUAAAGCCAGAGGAGGUUACUUUAAAGAAAGCGAAGUCUAAGCAACAAUAACUCAAAUUAGUGCUGGGUGAUGUGGAAAUUUUAUAUCACGAUAACGAUAUACCAUGAUAUAGCUAUGGUAUGCUUUCAGUUCUAUGAAAAAUUAAAGUGUAUACAGCUGCCCUAGUACAGUGCCAGUACAAGACCAGCACUUAAAACUAGAAAAAUGAAUAAAUAAUUUGGCUGAAGUGCGUUCAUGUCUGUGCUCACCCAAAGUUAUUCAACACUCACAGAAAAAGCCGAUAGUGUGAGCCAAAGCACUCCAUAAUAAUAAUAAUAAUAAUAAUAAUGAAUUUAAUUUGUAAUGCACUUUACAUUUACAAAAAAUCUCAAAGUGCUACAGUGCACAGUAAAAAAAGAGCAGCAACAAUAAAAAAAACAAUAGAAUGACAGUCACCAGGGUUUUUCCUGGCUCAAAUUGAGGCAGAGGUGGCACCAUCCUGACCAUGCGCCAUGACGUGCAUGUAUUUGUAAAUUCAACUGACUCACUUUCUUUUACAGGCAACAUACUUUAAGUUAAGAGUUCAAAAAAGAGUGUGACCAUUAUCAUGUUAAAGCAUUCAUUUAUUAAAACUAUAUACAUACACAAAUCAGCUGGCAACUUUAAAUUGAAAGUACACUUCAUCCACACAUCUCACAACCAGACAGAACAUUUCAGCCUCCUCUUUUUCAUUCUGUAGAACCUCCUCAUGCACUCCUUGUAGUCCAAGGCCUCCUGGUCUGGUCCAUCAACGGCCACCUUACAACAGACAUCCAAGUGCCUCUCCUUCAGUCUGUUCCACAGAGGUGUCUUCACCUUAAACAAAACAAUUCAUCAUGCAUUAAGUAUUUUUUGUUUUUAUUCUGAUACAGACAUGAAGAGUGAUAGUGUUUUCAAUCAUAUAUUAUAUAUAUGUAUACGUUGCAGUGUCCUCCCUAAAAAAACGACAACCAAUUAUUUCUUAAACUAUCUAAACUAUGUUAUUUUAGUUUUUGUAACUUUAUUAGUUGAGUGUUUUUAGGUACUACCAUCUUUAAUAUACUUCUCCUUCUCUUCUGCUGCUUUGUGAAUGGCUGUCACCUCAUGUCUUUUUAAUGUGUCCAGCCUGUAGUUGGUUGAUGGCUGUCUCACUAAGGAGGCAGCAAUUGCCUGCUGUGUUGGGGCACAGUGCUUUUGGCAUAAAUAGCAGUGCAUGCCUUCCUCAGUAUGCCUGAGCCAGGUAAAUUGAUUGAGCCAUUGCUUGUCAAAGCCACUGGCUCUGUGUUUUUGAGAAGAUCUGGAAAGAGGAAUAAAAACCACGUACACGUUGGUUUUGCGUUGUUAUGCUCCUAAUUGGAAACUAAUUAAUUAAUUACCCUCGCCUCGCCAACUCGUCCUGUCCUGCAUUCUGACCCUCGCGAUCACCAGUCCCUUGUGAAGUACUUUCAGACCUGACACAAAUUUCCACAUGGUCACCACCAUGAAUUAUAGCAUUUUAACUGCCUGUUCCUUUUUUUUCUCUGCUGUGUUUCACCUGGACUCUUGACUUUCCUCCUCGCGAGGUCGCUUUUUAAAGUACUGGCUGAUUUUGCCUGUCAUAACUGCAACGCUAAAAAUGGAGAAAACUUUUUUUUAAAUAAACAUGUCAUGCUUGGAUGCAAAAAAGACAAGCAGUAUUUACCUGUUCGGUCCAGCCGCCAGGGAAAAUCAGGACGCCGAUAGCACCAACUAGCGGGAAAAAAAACAUGAUUCGAUCCGUUUCUUCUUCGGUAGAUGCUUCAGGUCUUUCAGGUGCACUGCUGUUGAUAUAGCGCCUCUAUAGUGGCGCAACGCUGCAACUGCAGUUAAAAUACGUUGCUGCUGCAGAGGGACAUCAUACGCUCAAUCAACACAGCUGGAGCUUUAAGCUGUGAUGAGCGAAAUCAAUCGCUCUGGCUGGGGGCGGCACAAAAUUAGGUGGAGGCGGCCGCCACGCAAUUUUGAACGCAGGAAAAACCCUGGUCACAGAUUGGCAUAAAAAAAGCAUAAAAGAAUAAAAAAAAUAAAGAAUAUAGAGUUGCAAUGUAAGAAGCAAGGUAGUAAAAGCAUAGAGGAAAGCUAACCAAAGGCUUUAUUAAAAAGUUGGUCUUUAGGGCUCUUUUGAAGAGGUUGUUCACACUGCUGAAUGUUUCUCCUCCAAAGCUGCUCUCUGCCUCUCUGUUUACUUUACUCUUGAAGCAUGUAGCAAGACCCGAGCAUGAAUCCGAGCGCUUUAUUCACCUAUCAGGGGCAGACAGGUAAGGUGAUUUGAUUCGCCACGACUCCAGAAAUGAUUGAAAAACUACAGAAUGUCACAAAAUUACGUUUCCUCGCUCCUGGCUUGAAGGGUAGAAAUGCGCAGCUGCGCUCCCAGUUGACAGGAAGUCAAACCACUGUUGUGUUCUUUUGUGUUGCUAGCGCGGUCAAGAGUGUUGGCUCUCACUGAGAGAUGACUACAAAAAUGGACGCACCUGUUCAUCUGGUUGUUUAACACGGCUGAAAAUGAUCAUCUUUUAAUGUUGUUCCCGCUCCUGCCCACUCCCGUUGCCUUUUUUCCCGUCCCGUCCCGAUCAAGGGAUUAAUUAAAAAAUGACUCCCAUCCCAUGGGAUUCCCGCGGGAAUCACGUGACCCACGGGAAUUCCUGAAAAAUGUCAUCCUCUACAGGGAAGGUCCUGGAGCAGAUGAAACAGGUGCCGGAGCGGCUGAAAUAGGUCCCGGAUCCGAUCAAAAGAGGUCCCGGAGCGCGCUCCGGCUUGCUCCGGCACAAAUUAAGCACUGCUUACAAUGAUCCCCUCACGUGUGUUACCCAGGUAACCCGCAACCGUGGGAGACGCUGGACACGAAGAGGGAACGUAAAGCGGCGUCAUGUCGCAAAAUCGAAAGAGAAAUGCGAGCCUACAUGUCAACGCAUCCUUUUCUUUGUAAGAAAAUAUUUUCUUUCCCGUUUGGCACCAAAUACACUUACUGAAUGUGCAAUUAUUGUUGUUGUUACUAUGAAUCAUCUGAUGGCACAAGCCCUAUGGAUAAAAUACAGCCUAUCGCUCAAAACGAUAAAAAUAGAAAUGGCACGAUAGACAUUUUCUAUCGUGCCCACGAUAUCUAUCGUCCUGUCGCCCAGCACUAACUCAAAUACCUAAUAAUUAUGGUCAAAAUGUAUUCUGAUAAGUUACUCUUUACACAAUAGUCAUGUUUAUUGUGUUGCAAAUUAUAUAUAUGAAACUAUAAUCUUUUUUUAUACAAAUCUGAUCUUGCUUCCAAACUUUUGGCCUGUAGUGUAUUUUCUUGACCGGUGGUCCUGGAUGUGGAUGAGCAUUGCUAUGCUUCGUUUGGGGAAGCUUUGGGUGGGGGGUUUGCUGGGGUAUCUGUUAACUGUUCAUGUUAUUGUUUUUUGUUUAAGACUGGCUGCCAGACUGAAUGUUAAGUUUGUUUCUCACUGUAAUGAAAAAGGUACCAUAUGUGAAUAAUGCUCUGGAUUUCAUGUCCUUGGUCUCUUGGAAUGUACGUGGUUUAGGUCAUCCAGUUUAAUGCGGCAAAGUUUUUCAUUCUUGAAAUCAAUGAAAUCUGACAUUAUAUUUUUAUAAGAAGCCCCAGUCAAAGCUAUCCAGCGUAGGAAACUUAGGGCUAAUUGGAUCUCAUAGGUCUAUCAGUCACCUUUUGCAUCAAAAGCCUGAGGUUUUGCCAUUCUCUUCCGCAAGACUUUGCCUUUUUGAUUUCAAUCAUCAACAACUGACUCGAAUGGUAGGUUUAUAACUGUAACUGAGCAAAUCUGUUCAUUUCCUGUUAAACUAGUCAAUAUAUAUGGACCGAACAUGGAUGAUCCGAUUUUUUAUUUUAUUUUUGAAAAGUGUUUGAUCUUAUUUUUUGAUCUGAUUUUGAUUUUAAUUGGACCCAUGUUAAGAUAGGCUUUCCUCUGCCCCUCUGAACUUGAAAAUGUCAUGUGGUGCGACCACUGCAGAUUGUUUUCCAUCAUAGAUAUAUGCCCUUGAUUGGCAGUAUUUACGCUUUUUAUAUUCAAUUGAUGAUUGAUAAACACUAAGUACUUGAUUUUUAGUAUUAUUUUGAAUAUUUUUUUAUUUGAUGAGUCAUUUUGCUAGUAUUUCAGAAAUAAUGGUUGGUUCAUCUGUACAAAAUAAAAAAAUAAAAAAUCAAAAGCAUGCAUUCACUUAGGUAUCUAUGCCGUUGUUAGCAAUCUAUUAAUUUUCAUGUAUCUAUUUAAGUCAUUUUAAUUUAUUUUACCAGAUGCCACUGCCAAGCAAAGUUAAAAGCACUCGCCAUAGGCAGCGUGUCAACUCUGACCCCGCAGCAUGUUGUUCAUGCGAAGACUGGUCAAAUAUUGGGCCAAGAUUGGGCAAAGUUUAAAAAGGCCUGAGGCCUGUACUAAGAAGCUGGAUUUGAUCUUAGCGAGAUAAUUUCUGGAAUAACUCUUGGGUUUACCGCACGAUGAGGGUGGAUUUCUUUCUAUCCAGGUCCGUGGCCCCGGUAAGUUACGCGGAACACCAGACCUGCUCUGGAGCAGGUUAUGUUUCAGGAUAAGAUCUCAGCAGGUAUAAAAGACUGCCCACUGACCAAUCAGAUCUCUUGGAAAAUGGCUUGCCCACUUUUGCUGGAUCCCAGGGACAUCAUUGCACAGAUAGUGAGAGGAGCGCUUCGCCAAGAGCGUUAUAUUCAUGAUCGCUCAAAUCUGUUUGAUUUACCUGAGUGGAUGACAUUCUCUAUGAAUGUAACAGGUUUUCCUUGGACGGCCUCAAUAUUCAGGUAGCAUGAAGUCUCAGCAAUGCACUAAUAUUUGCCAAGGUCCAAGUUCCAGUUUCAUACGGCAUAUUAGUCAUCAUUCAGAAUUUAUUGAAGCAGAUUAGAAAACUCCUCUUUACCCCAAAUGUGUCUGCAGAUGAUAUGUGACCAUCAGAUGAUGGAGAAAAAAGAAAAAAAGGCAAUGUGAGGAAAUCACUGUUAACGCGUUGAAAUAUGUACGAAUAAAAUCUUCCAAUAAACGUACAAACUACUUUAAAAGAAUGUUUUUAGAUUUAUUUUUAUUUGCUCCCACGUACUCUUUUCCCCACUGCUGUUGUAUCUGAAAUAAUGAGGUCAAUGAUGGAGGUAAUCACACACGCUGCAUGACAACAUAUUAGGGGGCCAUAAAUUUAUGAACGCACAAAUGUAAUUUACACAAUCGAUAAUUUUUUUGCCAGCAGUCCCUCCGGCUUUUAGCAGCUGUGGCUGUCCUGCUCCUCACUGUUAUAAUGUUGCAGUACUACUCACAGGUCUAGACUGACCACAACUGAAUUUAGUUAGUGAGUUGAUAUCCUGCCUUGUAGUACAGCUGAUCAGGAUUACGGAGAUCCGGUGAAGUUGAGCAAGUUGCGGCAGAGUUAUUCUGGGUGUGUUAAUCCAGCUACAUAGUACAGGCCUCUGGGCCACACACACACAGAGUUAAAUUUUUGUCAAAAAAAUGAAAUGAAAUGUUUGUUUUCAUGUUUGAAAUGUUAAUAAAAAUUGGUUUGAAUAUAAAAUUUGCAUGAAAUUAAUUGUUCAUAGGUCUCUUUAAAUAGAUUUUUAAUGAUACAAGGUCUUUCGGUCAUUUGGCGCGACCACCAAUCAUGUGGUGCGACCAAUAAUAACAUUAAUUGUAUCAAAUACAAACUAAAAUAUCUAAUUUCUGUAACUGAGACAUUAAUACCUGAAACAAUAUGCUCACAUGAAAGGUAGUUUCAAAACAUUUUUAUCAGUAUUAUGCAAUUUAAAGAAAAAUGUAGUCAGUUAACUACAUUUAAUAUAGCAACUGUGACAUAAUAGAGCUAAUAUAUGAGAUCAUUAUUAACAAAAACUCAAAUAAGAUGCAAACGCUUUGUUCCUAUGUACUUGAUAUUACUGACAAUCUGUAAAAAACUAUGCAGUAUGUUGAUAAAAUGUAAUAAUUUUGAGAUAAAUGAUGGUCGCACCAAAUGAUAUUUUUUAAGGCCACAGGCAAUUCAUCUAUAUGAAAAAACACUUAAAUAGCCUGAUUUAAAAUUUUUACAUUAUUUUUUGUAUACAUAACAUCCUUAGUGUUUGAACUGUUGCAAAAGAUAUUCUUAUUUUUGGUAUUUUAAAAUUGGCAUGUUGAAAAAAACCUUAUACGUCAUUGACCCAAUAAUAUCUGAUCACAGUCCAGUUGCUAUUAAUCUUAAAUUGAGCUCGCCUAGACAAGCCUAUAGUUGGCAUUUUAAUCCCUAUCUUCUUGAAGAUAAGGCUUUUAGAACACACAUCACUACCCACAUAUCUUUGUUCCUUGAGACCAAUGACAACAGGGAGGUGAAUGAUACAACACUGUGGGAAACUCUUAAAGUGUAUAUUAGAGGACAAAUUAUUUCCUAUGAAGAAACACUGAAAAGGGCUAAACAAAGCAGAUUACAAGAGAUUGAGAAAGAGCUACAAAUUGCUGAACAGGUCUACCAAAAUUCACUACUCCAGUCAGAUUAGAAUACAAUUCUUAAAUUAAAGUACGAGUAUAAUAUAAUCCUGGGAAAACAAAUAGGCAACUUACUAUUAAAACUUAAACAGGGCUGUCCUUACUAUCCAGUUAGUAAAUAAUAUUUGUUUAUUCUAUAAAAUAAAAAAAAGAAAAGGGGAAAAAUAGAAAAAAGCUUCUUUUUUUAAAAACUACGUUUUUACCGUCAUGUCUUAAUAAAAGUGUGCAUUAAACAAGCCAAAAUGUGCGGAUCAUUUGCUUGCGAUUCUUACUGCCUGGCUCGCUGUUCUGGGCUCGCAGCACUGGCCUGCAGCAUGCAUGGCAUCGUGGGUUAACUUCCUCAGAGUGAAUCAACACAUGCGAUCAGCCAGAGGGAUGUAGGUGAGAAUAAAGAGCAAAGAUUGGGAGUAUUUUGAUUUAGAUAAAGGUGGCACACUUCAUUUUGCGCUUAUGGUGUGAGGCAGGCCGAUGACGCAGCAGGCUGCUUGGCUUGAGCGCAGCGGAGUGGAGCUUAAUUGCUUCAUAGACUGUAUAUACUAUGGACAACAUGGUUCCGCCUACCACCUGUAUACGGAUUUGAAGCCAAAAAGCUCUCGAUAUUUCCGGGAUUUUUCUUCAUUUCCUGAAACCAGCGCUGCGCAGUAGCGAUGCGCGCAUUCGGCUGUGCAGUCGCCGAGAGUCACUGUGAUGACGCUCAGCUCAAACAGCGUAUCCCCCCGGGUGAGCUACGCAAUCCUUGAACGCCCAUAGGCCGUAUCAGGUGUCAAUCAAAGAAAACAUAAACCCCCUAAUAACUUUUAAAAACGGAGCUCUACAGAAAAAACGAGGACUUGAGCACAAACCAGUCUUACAGUAACUACAUGGUCACAUGACCCUGCCUGAGCAGAACAGUGACCCGGUUCCUUGUCUAACUGGUUUUAGCUCAUGCAGGAUUUGAAACAAACACAUUCUUCAUUUUGUAUGUCACACUCAAAAUCAAUGUUCUGUGAUCACUGGCAUCGUCAUCAUCAAUAUUAUAACAAACCUAUCACAAAACAUUGAUUUUGAGUGUGACAUACAAAAUGAAGAAUGUGUUUGUUUCAAAUCCUGCAUGAGCUAAAACCAGUUAGACAAGGAACAGGGUCACUGUUCUGCUCAGGCAGGGUCAUGUGACCAGUCAGCCAGCUCUGUGUGACAUUGUGACAUGCUCACACACCACACUGAGAUACAUACUGUAAUAUGUGAGCUCCUCGGCUUCUCUCUGUAUCACACUGGUUCAUACAGAGCUGAGGCCUGAGGCCACACACACACACACACACACACACACACACACACACACACACACACACACACCUUUAUCGUCUAGAGUGUGUGUGUGUGUGUGUGUGUGUGUGUGUGUGUGUGUGUGUGUGAUGCUUGUUGUAUCAGAAUAAUAUGCUGCGUCCGAACUGCCCGCUCGGAUACUACAUGCUACUGCUACGUGCUACUGCUAGAUCCUACUCCUACAUACUAAAUACGUUGGCCCAAUUCGGACACACUAGACGAGCGGUGGGGAAAGACGACCCCGCAGGCAGAGAGUAGGUACUGCGCCCGUGCAGACAGUGGUAACUGAAGCCCCUCAUCUGCGGGCCUGGCUGUAGUACUGCAGCUGUGCAGUUUAAUGAUGGAAUAAGUGAGCUUUACCUCCAUGAUGUCGCCACUUGCUCAUAAAAUGAUUACUUGGGCAAAUAUGACACCAUGACAUGACAAAGAGAUACAACCGGACAUUUUUUAGGACAGUGUGUGAAGUUACAUGAAACUUACAUCUGUACUGCUGCGGUCCCGCCUGCUGCUGCUGCUGCUGCUCCGACAUGGUGCGCGCUGCUGUGGCCAGCCGGCGUUCGCGACACUUUUAAAUAGGCAGAGCAGCUGGUGGCGCUAGCAUCACAUGCGCUUCUACAACUUUUAAGAGGACGAAGAAGAAGCCCGCGGUGCAUUUUGGGUCAGUAGCAUGCCCGUAGGAUGCACCGAGACCAACCUACAAUGUGGGCGUGUCUAGCAUCUGAAGUUGUAUCUGAAGUAGCAUGCUACUCGCUCCGGUGGCCAAUUCGGACAUGCUAGAUACUACUUCGACUACUACUUCGACUACUACUUGGCAAUUCGGACGCAGCUAUAGACUGCUGUAAAACAGGAAGUACGAGUUACCAAGGCGAUGUGUACUUCCAUCCAGCCACGUGCUGGGCUCUCUCUCUAGCUGCGUUUCCAUUACCCAUAGAUUUGCGCAAAACGUAAAUAUCGCAAUAGAAAACUGGUAAUGGAAACACCUACAUUUCGAAAAACCUCUCUAAUAUCGCUAAAAAGUUUUUACGCUCUCAUGAGGUGGUUUUUCAGAAGUGUCGAUAUAGAAGUAUAUCGCAAAAGUGUAAUGGAAACACUUUUCUCGCAAUUCUCUGUCACCGGACGUGACGUAGCGGGUCAAGUGACCAGUUCAUUUCAAGCGUAGAUGGCACGGUAUAUGUGGACGGGGGAGGAGACGGAGUUAUUUCGGAAGUUUUGAAUUGUAUUUGUAUUUUUCUGAAGUUUUGAAUCCACAAUUCGUCUGUGAAUUCCUCAUUAACGAUCCUCUCCCAGAAAUCGCUCAUCCGUGUUCGCUCCCAUACAUACGAGCUUUGCCUUUGAAUUAUCACCCGCUGCCUUCGUCUUCUGAUGACAGCAGCGGCAACAGCAGUAAUAGUCACAGAAAUAGCUGCUCCAAAACGAAAAUUGUUUUGUGUCUCGUCCAUGUUGGUGUGCAAAAAGGCUUAAGGAAUACGAGGUCGCACGGGCAGGAAGUUUACCUCGUUGCUAGGCAACGGCCAUUUAAACACGGCUCGCGAGAGGCAGACGGCUCGCUUAUGCACUGAACACCAUUCAAUGGAAACACCCGCAAAUCGCAAUUGUACUUUGUCGAAAUUUGAUAAACAUCGCUUUUAUUUUGCUUUUAUGUAAUGGAAACGCAGCUUCUUUCUCUCUCCCUGUCCCUUUCUCUCUCUCUCUCUCUCUCUCUCUCCCUUUCUCUCUCUAUCUCUCUCAAUUUUUUUUCAAUUUCAAUAAGCUUUAUUGGCAUGACUGUUAUUACAAUAUUGCCAAAGCAUUACAAAGUAUUACAAUCCUACCACAACAGUAACAACAACAACAGUAAUAACAAUAACAGUAAUAACAAUAAUCAUAAUAAUACAACAACAACAAUGAAAAUAAUAAUAAUUUGAAAUAUAACAUGAAUAAAUAGUGUCAGUAUCAUGUUUCUAGUUAAAAAAAGAAAACUUUGAAGCAGUUGUUCAGGUUAUUUUCAGCAGCUCUUCUCUUUCUUUAAGGCAUGUUUUCACAUAUCUUACUGCUUCAAAGCAGUGGCCCUUUGUUCUCCUAAGAGAUGUCUAAACUAGGCCUGCACGAUAUAUCGUUUGAGCAUCGCCAUCGCGAUGUAUGUGUGCGCAAUAGUCACAUCGCAGAGCCUGCGAUGUCGGAGGUGAAUGAACUCAGUUAAUUUCAAGGGUAACUGACUGAGAUACACUGCAUGUGACUCUACAUGUGCUGUGCAGCGAUCCACCAAUCUUCGUUCUUUACUCAGUUGCCAAUCAGACUCAGUUCUCAGUUGCCAAUCAGACUACCCUGCCAGCUGUUAAUCAAAAUCAGAGAGGAGGAAACCCACCCCUGCACAUGUCCUGCACAUGGAGUGAGACGUGUGUCCGCUGAGAAUUACUUUUGGAACAUUCUUCAUUACUGUUUAGCCCAACAAAUAAGAACUGUAUGGGUUUUAAAUUGUACAUUUCCGUGGACCACUCUACUAUAAGCAGUGCGCGUUUUGUGAGGUGCAUGCAAUCCUCGGAGGACAUGCAUUUCUCAGCACAACCCCGUUAACAACAAUGAUCGCAAACUGAGCAACAAACAGAGAAAACCACAGAAGAUGGAGAUUUGUUGCCAAAAAGAAAAGGAAAGUCAGUUAUCUGGAAUUAUUUCGGUUACAAGACGGAUAAUGUCGACCAAAACACUUUCUGUGCUCAUCUGUUGCCACAAUAACGUCCCAGCACAAUAAAAGCUAAAAAUAUCUCUGAGACAGACAAAAGCCAUUCUAUAAACAUUCACAAAAAGAGGUAAGAUCAGUGCAGGUUAACUGUCCUCAAGAUUUCAGCAGUGCAGCAUAACAUUAAGUGCUAUUCAGGUCAUCUGGUGAAAAUUCCUGUAUUUUUUAAUAUUGCAAUAUAUAUCGCAGGGUUGAAAAAAUCGCAAUGUUAGUUUUUUCCAAUAUCGUGCAGCCUUAGUCUAAACUUUUCCUGGUCUGUGAGUUGGGUGAAGUUGGGUGUUAUGUGUGUGUGUUUAGUAUAUGUGUGUGUCCUGAUAUGUGUGUGUGUCACAGUGUAACAGGAAGUGCUGCUUUGUCUCCAGCUGUGUGUGAGGACAGAGCCGACACAGCUGCUCCUCUCUGGGCAGCCAGGUCUGUGGCGGCCGCUCUCUAUGGCCAGGCUGUGGUUGCUGAGUCUGUACAUUGUCCAGGUUCUCUUCAGUCUGGGGUCAGUUACUGAACUCGGGUAAUCUGCCAUGUAGUAUUGUCUGUUUAGGGCCAGAUAGCAUUGAAGUUUGCUUUGGGUUUGGAUUGUAAAUGUCCAAUUGUGUAAUUGUUUUUGUAUAAUUUGGGGGGGGAUUGUGUGAGGGCGGUCUUGGUGCUCGGUGUUGGUGAAGCUGAGCUUGUGAACCAGCUGGCUGAGGGGACUUCUGUCUGUGCUCUCCUCUUGGCUCUGCAGGGCUUUGUAGUGGUAGGAGCUGGGGUGGCUUGCUUUGAGGUAGUGGUAAAAUUUGAUUGGCCUUUUUUGGAUCUGAAUUAAAAGGGGAAAUUGUCCUAAUUCAGCUCUGGAUCUGUUAUUGGGAGUGUUCCUGUGGACUUGAAGAAUGCUUUUACAAAUCUCUGUGUGCAGACUUUCCAAUGGGUGUUUGUCCCAUUUCUCAAAGUCUUGGUUUACAAGAGGACCCCACAAUUCACUACCAUAUGAUAUAAUGGGUUCAAUUACAGACUGGAUUACAGAAUAUUUUGAUCCAGAUUCUGGCUGGAAUAUUAACAUGUGAAGAUUUUUUAAUAGACCAGAAGGCUCUUCUGCCCUUGUCUUGCAGGUCGUUAAUGAGUGGAUUGAAAUUUCGUGUAGAUGUGAUGUUUUGUCAGAGGUAUGUGUAGCUGUGUGUGUUGUAUGUCUGUAGAGUCCAGGAAAAAUCUGUGUUGGUCUUAUGUCACCUGGGGUCCGUUUCACGUAGCAGGUUUAAGGGAAACUCCGAGUUUGUUAACCCUAAAAUCAGGGAAACUCUGAGUUUUCCGUUUCACAAAGGAGGGUUAGUUAAACCAGGGAGAGAGGGGUAACUCUAACCUGUUUCACAAAGAGAGGUAACUCAACCUCGCGGUCAGUUACCACAGUAACAGACUUCGUGAACCUAACCUGCUCGGGAGCAGGUUUAACUCAGUAAACCCAGAGUUUCAGGUGAGACAUCGGCAUUUUCUCAUUUUGAUCAUGUUUUACAUUGUCAAGUAAGUAUUAAGUGGCAGUUUGAUCCCUUAAAAAUGCUCUUUUCACACUCAAAACUGAAUUUUACUCUCUUAUUAUGUUCCGUUAAAUGAUUAGGAAUAUUAAACUAACACAAAAACGGGUGGUGGUCCAGCAGCCCCACCUUUAACAGUCCUCUACCUCCGUUAAAGGUGGGGCUGCUGGGCCACCACCCGUUUUUCUGGCAUCUGCCCUCUUUCUGUUUGCUGAGUGAAAGUCUAAUAUUGAGUGUAGUGUGUGUUAGUUUAAUAUAUGUACAUAUACAUACUGAGAGUUAGUUUAAUAUUCCUAAUCAUUUAACGGAACAUCAUAAGAGAGUAAAAUUCAUUUUUGAGUGUGAAAAGAGAAUUUUCUAAGGGAUCAAACUACCACUUAAUACUUACUUGACAAUGUAAAUUAUGAUCAAAAUGAUUCAAGCAGUUUCCCUGCAACAGUCUGUCAUUGUGAUUGCACGAGACUAGAUUUAAAGUUACGCAUUGACGCGAGCAGCGAUUUCCUCCCAUGCCCCCUCCCUCUCCUUUGCAGCUGCUGCUGUAUUGCACUUUCUUUUAAAAACGUGCUGUAAUUCGCUGUUGGCUUGCUGCUGCCCCCUCCUUCUCCCUGUUUCCAUUGGUUGAUCAUUGAAUCUGCGCUCCACAGAUGCUGGCUGUUUAUGUCUGGCGUGCACGUGCUUAACUCCAGGUCAAACUACUCGGAGUUGUUAAAACCGUCUCAAAUCAGGUGUUGUGAAACCGGAAACUCAGAGUUUCCUAACUCAGAGUAGAUCAACUCAGAGUUAAGGAUUUAACUCAGAGUUUGUUGAACCACCUACGUGAAACGGACCCCUGGUCAUUUCUAGAAGACCAUGACUCUUGUCUUCUCUGGGUUAACAGUAAGGGCCCAGGUCUGACAGAACCUUUGCAGAUGAUCUAAUUGUUUUUGUAGAGCCUCUUUAGAUAGAGCGAGCAGUAAGGCUCCACGAUAUUGGAAAAAACUAACAUUGCGAUUUUUUUCAACCCUGCGAUAUAUAUUGCAAUAUUAAAAAAUAGAGGAAUUUUCACCAGAUGACCUGAAUAGCACUUGUUAUGUUACGCUGCACUGCUGAAAUCUUGAGGACAGUUAACCUGCACUGAUCUUACCUCUUUUUGUGAAUGUUAGUAGAAUGGCUUCUGUCUGUCUCAGAGAUAUUUUUAGCUUUUAUUGUGCUGGGACGUUAUUGUGGCGACAGAUGAUCACAGAACACGUGUUUUGGUCGACAUCAUCCUUCUUUUAACCGAAAUAAUUCCAGAUAACUGACUUUCCUUUUCUUUUUGCCAACAAGUCUUCAUCCUCGGUGGUUUUCUCUGUUUGUUGCUCAGUUUGCGAUCGUUGUUGUUGUUGUUGUUACCACCGGGGUUGUGCUGAGAAACACGUCCUCCGAGAAUUGCAUGCACCUCACAAAACGCGCACUGCUUAGUAAAGUGGUGCACGGAAAUGUACAAUUUAAAACCCAUACAAUUCUUAUUUGUGGGGCUAAAAAGUGAUGAGUAAUGUUCCGAAAGUAAUUCUCAGCGGACACGCGUUUCUUUGCUCAACUCCAGUAGUGCCUGCUACUCACCCCAUGUGCAGGGGCGUGGUUUCCUCCUCUCUGAUUUUGAUUGACAGCUGGCAGGGUAGUCUCAUUGGCAACUGACUAAAGAAUGAAUGUGAUUGGUGGAUCGCUGCACAGCACAUGCAGAGUCACAUGCAGUGUAUCUCAGUCAGCUACCCUUGAAAUUAAGUUCAUUCACAUCCGACAUCACAGGCUCUGCCAUGUGACUAUUGCACACACACACAUAACAAUGACGAUGCUCAAACGAUAUAUCGUGCAGCCCUAGCGAGCAGGAUUAGAUUGUCUGCAAAAAAUAAGCACUUGACUUGUUCGUUAGAGAGGGUGAGACCAGGGAUGUCUGACUUUUCCAGGGAUUUGGCCAAAUCAUCAAUAUAGAUAUUGAAGAGGGUGGGGCUGAUACUGCAGCCCUGCUUUACCCCUCUACUUUGGGGGAAGAAGUCUGUUUCCAUGGUUCCAAUUUUCACCGCGCAUUAGUGUUUGGCAGUAUGAACAAAAUCUAUUAUCACGGUAUGAGUGAUUUCAUAUCACGAUAACGUAUCAUGAUAUGUUUUUUUUUCCCAUCUGUAAAUUCAAUUAAUCGCUUCAAAAUAACCGUACUGUCACAUUUGUUCAUUUUCCUUUUUUUUUAACUCGGGUGUAGCGUAGGACCACAAUUUAACUAAGAACUGUAAGAUACAGUAGGGCAGGGGUGUCAAAGUCAAAUGGACGGAGGGCCAAAUAAAAAAUUUAGCUACAAGCCGAGGGCCGGACUGAUCGAAUGUUCAUUGAAAAUUUUUUAAAUGACGCAUAUAGUCUAGUGAACCUAAUUGAACCUACUGAAAACCUAACAAAUAUAUUCCAAUAUGAUCAGAUAAAUAAAGCAAUAUUUUCUUAUGGCUCUGUCAGUAAUCUUUAAUUUUCAACAGACACAAAAGACAAAUUUCCUUUAUAUAAAAAUCCCCAUAACAUGAACAUUAAAUGAAAGAAACCGGUAUUAUUCAAGGCACCAUCAGUAGCCUAUAUUUUCUAUUUUAGCAAAAGUGGGCUAAAUUUACUUCAAAGAAAAAAAUAAUAAUAGCAAUUUUCUAUCAUCCACUCAACUGAAAUAUUUUUAAAAUAUCGUUUUAAUUCCUCGGCCUUCUGUAGCCUUUGUUCCAUGUCCAUAUUCUUGUUUUUGUCCGGGUGUUUCGUUUCAUAAUGUCGUCUCAGAUUAUACUCUUUCAGUACCGCCACACUUUCUCCACACAGAAGACACACAGGUUUUCCAGCUGCCUCCGUGAACAUAUACUCCGACUCCCACCUUGUUUGAAACCCCCGGUUCUCAGUGUCCACCUUCCGUUUUGCCAUUUUUGAUGGGUAUCUGAAAGUUAAUUUUACUGUUAUGCUAACGACUGCUGUGCUAAUAAAUAUUGAAAUGAAGCAGCCUACUGCUCGGUGCGUCACCGUUGCAUUGUGGGAAAUGUAGUAUUGGUGCGUGUAAAAGAUCUGCGGGCUGCCGGCUUGCUGCGGUCUGCGGGCCGGUUCUAAUAAUAAAUCAAGAUCAUCCCAGGGGCCGUAAAAAACCUUCUCGCGGGCCGGAUGUGGCCCGCGGGCCUUGACUCUGACAUAUGUGCAGUAGGGUGCUAGCCACCGCUCCCUGGCGUCCCUUACUAUGGACAAAGAUGCUGUGGACUCUCACUAAAUAACAGGGGAGGGACAAGGAUAUAAAGGGAACAACAUAAACAUUUAUUACACGACAAACAAAACAAUGCACAAUUGCCUCACUAAAUCCUAUACUAAAUAUGUCCUAUCUAACUAUACUAAGUCCCUACCUAAUCCUAAACUAAUGGUACCAAUGUUGCCCGGGGUUGGAGCUCAGAGGAGGACGUGAGGAUUCUGAUGCAGCCAGGACGGAGGUCUGUGGAGAGGUCCCGAUGUUGAGGGAUUAUGCGAUCAGGUGUCCACGGGAGAUGCAUGGGAGCUGUUCUCAGGUGAAGAGGGGAGGGGGUGAAGAUGUAGUCCAGAGGAGGAGGGGGUGAACUAAGUCCCUAAACUGGGGCCAGUUAACGUUCGCAGGAGGCGAAGGACAAUGAUACAACUAGCAAGCCUAGCUAGCCACUGUCAGGAAAACGAGAGCUCACAUUAAUUGGCGAACUAACUUCAGGUCAAAGUCCGUUUGUUUCCUCUUUUAGGUAUAAUCUUCACAGGUCUAAAAACAACUUGUUGUGCGGGUUAUUAAUCACACAAAACUUCACCGAAGGAAUGAAUAAGUGUACAUCUGUUGGACACACGAAGCUGCUCCGAUCGUCUUCUCUUCUCAAAACUUUUUCCUCUCACUCAACAGGCAGACACACACACACGCACCAAAUCACACGCGCACUGAUACGAACACAUCAGCCUAAUUACCGCAACACUGAAAGAACGUAUAUCUCCGCUGUAUGAAUGACAUCGCACACACACAACAACGAUAACAACUGUACAUCGCUGCAGUAACAAUGAUAAACAAGAUAUAUCAAAAUAACAAACCAAAAGUAAAGAAGAAAGGGGGCUUAACUGUGCAGGGAGCAGUGGGAAGCCUAUGUUACUGCUUAGAGGGGUUCUCAAAGUAAAUAAUAAAACUAAUCUUCUAGCCACUUCUGAGUCUUCAAUACACGGGUUUGUAUACAAAUGCAAACUAAAUGUCAGACCAGUCUGGGUUUUUUUUUAUCAUAUGGCAUACCUUUGGCGAAAGACUCUGCCAAGCUCUUUUGUAUGAGAGGAGCUGCUGCAGCUUUAGUUUUUGGUGCAGCAGGUGCGCCACGCAUCUUUUGGUUCUCAUAAUAAAGCUUAGCGUGUUUCAUCUUUAGGUGGUGGAGGAGGUUGCUAGCGUUUCCUCCUCCAGCAACGACAGCCACACAACGCUCUUUGCAUAGUAUUGUUUUUUGAUCAUUGUUGAAUUUUCUAAAUCCGAAGAAUCUCCAGACAACCGAUGUCGUGAUUUGCGCCCUUUUUCAGAACGAGUUCUCCUCCUCCUCCUUCUCCUCCUACUCAUGUUGGGUGGGUUGGACUGCCUCUGUUUGCUCGGCACUGCCACUAAUCCCCGUGCCGCCAUGACCACCCACAAGUAAAGCUGUUUCUUCAUUGAAACUAUGCCAAGCAGUCUGCUGGAUAUGCUAGUGCUUACGCUGGUGAAUAUAUGGAAACGCACCCAAACACACACUGACGCGGAGAAAUGCUGCAGACAUCUGCUCUCUCUCUCCAGUAUAAACGGUAUUGCAAAUUUUCUACUGGUAGACACUUUUAUACUGUCACAUGGUAUAUAUCGCCCAACACUACUGCGCAUUAAUUAUUUAUGUACAUUGUUUUAAUGAUAUCAUAGAUUUUACACCAGUACCCUUUUCUAGUAAUUUCAGAAAUAGACCCUGAUGCCAAAUUGAAUUAUAUGCUUUUUUGAAAUCCACAAAACAAGCGAAGACUUCGUUUUUAUCCUGGUGAACAUGUUUCUGGAUGAUCCAAACCGCCUUACAGGUGGAUGACUUGUCUACCUGUAGGGCUGUUUGGAGCGGUUGAGCCUGCUGGGCUGUGUUACAUGGGGGUUUGCUGGGGUCCUCCUAAUGUACAGGAUGAUUUUGCUAUGGUCUGAUAGGGGUGUUAGGACAGUGAACGUCCUAAUAUAGAAGGGGUCUUUGUCUGUAACACUAUUACAGACCUUGUACUGUUGCCAAGAGGAGAGCUGUGUGUGUAGUGACUGAAGGAGUACCCUCGAAGCCAACCGUUGAACAUGUACAGACCCAUUGUGCGACACAUCUUUAGUAGUUGAUGCCCAUUUCUGUUGACAGUUUUAUCAAUGUUGUUUCUGUGCAGAUGUGGAAGUGGAGGAAUGCUGAUCUGACCAGGUAUAUGUUUGUCUCCCUGUUCAUUAAUUGAAUCAAAAUCUGUGCCUGUUCUGGCGUUAAGGUUAUAGAUAAGAUAUAGGCUGGACACAUGAAUAGGUCUUUGUCUGUGGAGACAACCUCUUUUUUUAUUUUAAACCAAAUUCAAAAAUCUCCUUUUUUGAUUAAUUCUUUUGGUUGUGUAAGGUUUGUCUUAUACUAGAUCAACAUCCCUCCUGAAUCUCUGCCUUGGCUUACACUCUUUAGUUUGGUAGAUGGAAAAAUGACUUUUUUAUAAUCUAAAAGACAACCAGUGGGCAUGUCUCCUCUACUCCAAGCCUCCUGCAGUACAAUGAUAUCAAAUUUUUCGAAUUGCCUAUUAAAGGUGGGGUAAGCAGGAUUCCAAUAAAGAAGCAUCUUUUUUUGUGGCGUAUAUACAAAAAAAACUAAUAUCAGUCAAUAGCUAUUAGUUAUUGAUGACAUGUGGUAACAUCAUGAUAUCGCUGUGUUCUGUUUUUUCUGUGUAGUCAGCAUUUAAAAAUUUCUGCGUGGCCUACUCUUUCUGACUGUUAACAAAGCCGAUGCAUUAAGUUUUUAAAAUGAGAUAAACUCCCAAUCCCACUUCCAAUAAAGAGAUUAAUUCUAAAGCAUUUUAGAUUUAGUGUUUGGGUACUACCUAUAUUCUGUUUUGUUUAUUUAUUGCAUGUUCGAAAUAAAGCAUUAAUUCAUUCAACUAGUCUAAUAUAACAAUAACCCUUAAAUUAAAUGAAUGAAUAAAUAAAUUAAUUAAUGAAAAAAUACAAAUAAAAUCAAAUGAGAAUGAAAAAUAAAAAAGAUAAAAUAAAAUCUAUCUAUCUAUCUAUCUAUCUAUCUAUCUAUCUAUCUAUCUAUCUAUCUAUCUGUCUGUCUGUCUGUCUGUCUGUCUGUCUGUCUGUCUGUCUGUCUGUCUCUCUCUCUCUCUCUCUCUCUCUCUCUCUCUCUCUCUCUCUGUGGCACACACAGCUGAUAAUAAACAUACACACUCAAGUGUAACUGAUGUACUGCUGUUUGGGUCACAUGCUCCUGCAGACAGGCAGAGACACUGGAUCACAGAAUCAGUCCAGUACAUACUCUGACAGAAAUGGAGAUUAAGUAAAGGCAGGAGGUGAUGAACUGACCAAGCUGGUGCUGAGCAGGGAUGGCCUGCGAUUUCUAAAUAUUCAAAUAUUUGUUUCAAAUCAAUCAAUCAAUCAAUCAAAUUUUAUUUAUAUAGCGCCAAUUCACGACAGUCGUCAUCUCAAGAUGCUUUUCAAAGAACAAGAGCAGGGCGCCAGAAAACCUUGCGUCCGCCAAGAUCGGCACACACGUCCAGAUUUAUCAUCGCGAAACGAGCGUCGGUUCCAGUGCUAAUCAACGCAAAGUGAGGAGGUGGUGUAGAAGUUGGCGUUGAGCCGAUACUUGCGUUGACGGCACUUUGGCGACGCUGUGUGGCGGUGUUUGGUGACUCACUAUGUGACAAGCGUGCACCACAUCCCCGUGGCCGAGCAGCACGUCGCCCCACAUGACGAACCAGCAGCAGACGGAGGGAUGCGAGCUGAUCCCUGCCGGGCCGCCGUCCUCGCACGGGAGAAUCUCAUCGCCACAGUGUGAAUGGGUAAGAAGUGAAUACACAGUUCAAUGAGCCAAAUUAAUUUAUUUUCGCCACCAGACGCUCGAGGACAUGUACGAGCCGGUCCAGCCGCUCGUUGAUCCCCGCGAUCCCCCUGAUGAUUUCUUCCUGCGAUUGCAGGACUGCCUUCGUGAGGACCCUUCCACUGCGUCCGGGUGGUCCAGCGGAAGCGCCGCGGCUGGUGGACGCUCCACCGCUUGUCGGCGCGCUGGUGCUGAUGCUGGUGCCGGGGGCCGGGGUGACCCGAAUGCCGCUGGUCCUGGCCGACGACUCCAAGCCGGCGGACGGGCUGCCGCGGGCCGGGGUUCCGCAAGCCGGCGACACGGCCGCCACAUUGAUUUCUGUGACACAAUAAAAAUUUUGGUUCAUUUCAAUUCCUGCUUCUGUGUAUCUUUUGCGUUUACAUCUCUCUCCACGGUAUCAUAGGUAAUGUAAUCCAGUAUUUAGAGGUCAGUUAUGCACAUUACAGUUGUUUAUUGCAUAAAAAGUUAUCGAAAAAUGAAGUUAAGGGCGAAGUAUAAAUCACGUCUAAAAAUAGACUGAAUCCACGUUGAAAUGAAGUAUAAACUUAGACUAGACGUCUAAUAUACGUCUUUUGCUCAGUGGGAUGGCAAAGCAUGUGGACAUUUGUGUGACACGCCACUUACCCUAUAAUAAUAAUCGCCACCACCCGCUGCUCAAACGGCGUGAGGGUCUCCUCCCCCGGACCCCCACCUGUCUGGCCGGUACUCCUCCGGAGGGCAGCUGUACGCCGCUUGACCUCCACCUUGAGGUCCGACCACUUUUUUUUUUAUCUCCGCGGGGGUGCGUGUCUCGGAACCCACUGCGUUCACCCUCUCGCAAACUUUCUCCCACUCCAAGCAUUUUCGUUUUGCACUGACGCCACUGGACAGGCUGCCAAACAAAACACGCUGUCGCUCCUCCACCUCCGCCACCAGCACCUCCACCUCGCACGCCGUAAAUUUAGUUUUUCUUGUCAUUUUGUCUGCGUGCGAGGACAGGGAGACCCUAUUUAAAUAAAUCUGCAUAUUUAUAGGAGGGCGUAACAGGGGCGGGCCCGGUCACUCCGAUAUCUGCGCUCAAUUCCAAACUGAUUGGGAUUUAUCAACGAAACGCACGUGGCUUUCGGCGCCCGCACACCUUGAUACAUACAGAUUUUUUUCAGCGUGACGGACCUUGCGUGCGCUCGUUUCUGGUAUGAGUCCCACGCAAGUGUUGAUACAUGAGGCCCCAGGUCUUGACCAUGCUCAUUGUUUGAUGAUCAAGAACUAACCUAAGAUGGGUUUUGGCCCAUCUCAACUAACAUGAGUAGCAGUGGCAAGGAAAAACUUCAUUUUAACAGGCAGAAACCUUGGGCAGGACUGGACUCAUGCCAGACAGCCAUCAUGCUGCUGCUGGGUUGGGGAGGAAUGUACAGAGAUAGAGGGAGAAAGGGGGAGAGGGAAAGAGAGAGAGAGAAGAGGGGAGAGGGCAGGGUGAGAGAGAGAGAGAACAAGAUAAGGGUAAUGAGAGAGAGAAAGAGUAAGGAGAGGGAGGGAGAGGAAGAGAGAGUAGAGAACGAGGGUGAGAGAGAGGCAGGGGACAGCAGAAACAACAGCAACAACAACAACAGCUCAUGUAAUGGUGAAACAAAAUGAAUUCAGCAUACAGGGUUAGGAUAUGAGUAAUUAUGGACAAUGUUAAAUUAAUUUAAUGUGAUUACAGUCAGCAGGCCUAAUCGUAGUAAACUCUAGUUUUAUGUUAUUAAUGUCAGUGAGGCUGAUGUUCAUGUCUGCAGUAACAGUCCAGAGGAACCCAAGAGAAGAAGGAGCUCAGGGCCUGAGGCGGACAAUCAUAGACGAUGCGGCUGGAGUCAGGCAGGUCUGCAGCAGCCAACCGUCUGUAGCAUCCGUCCAGAGCAACCUAGGAGACUGGGACUCAGAGACAUACAGAGAGAUCUGGUUGGCAAUUUGAUGGGAGAAAAUGACUUCAAUGUACAGGAUAAUGAAGUAACUAAUUAUGGACUAUGCUAAAUUAAUUUAAGGUGAUUAAAGGGUCAAUGACGUAUAAGGUUUUUCAACAUGCCAAUUUUAAAAUACCAAAAAUAAGAAUAUCUUUUGCAACAGUUCAAACACUAAGGAUGAUGUAUACAAAAAUUUACGUUAAAUUUUUAAAUUAGGCAAUUUUAGUGUUUUUUCAUAUCGAUAAAUUGCCCGUGGCCUUAAAAAAUGUCAUGUGGUACGACCAUCAUUUAUCUCGAAAUUAUUACAUUUUAUCAACAUACUCCAUAGUUUUUUACAAAUUGUCAGCAAUAUCAAGCACAUAGGAACAAAGCGUUUGCAUUUUAUUUGAGUUUUUGUGAAUAAUGAUCUCAUAUAUUAGCUCUAUAAUGUCACAGUUGGUAUAUUAAAUGUAGUUAACUGACUUUUUUUUUCUUUAAAUUGCAUAAUACUGAUGAAAAUGUUUUGAAACUACCUUUCAUGUGAGCAUAUUGUAUCAGGUAUUAAUGUCUCAGUUACAGAAAUGAGAUAUUUUAGUUUGUAUUUGAUACAAUUAAUGUUAUUAUUGGUCGCACCACAUGAUUGUUUGUCACGCCAAAUGACCCGAAGACCUUGUAUCAUUAAAAAUCAAUUUAAAGAGACCUAUGAACAAUUAAUUUCAUGCAAAUUUUAUAUUCAAACCAAAUUAUAUUAACAUUUCAAACAUGAAAACAAACAUUUCAUUUCAUUUUUUUGACAAAAAUUUUACUCUUAUUGUGUGUGGCCCAGAGGCCUGUACUAUGAAGCUGGAUUAACACACCCAGCAUAACUCUGCCACAACUCGCUCAACUUCACCGGAUCUCCGUAAUCCUGAUCAGCUGUACUACGAGGCAGGAUAUCAACUCACUAACUAAAUUUAGUUGUGGUCAGUCUAGAUCUGUGCACGCACACGUAAAGGGGGUGGGGUCAGUGCCACCGGACCAGUCUCCACAAUGGAGAAGGCUGCACAUCAUAUUUCACAGCCGAGGAACAGAGCAUUAUUUUAUGCUAAUACGAGGAGUACUGCAACAUUAUAACAGUGAGGAGCAGGACAGCCACAGCCGCUAAAAGCCGGAGGGACUGCUGGCAAAAAAAUUAUCGAUUGUGUAAAUUACAUUUGUGCAUUCAUAAAUUUAUGGCCCCCUAAUAUGUUGUCAUGCAGCGUGUGUGAUUACCUCCAUCAUUGACCUCAUUAUGUCAGAUACAACAGCAGUGGGGGAAAGAAUACUUGGGAGCAAAUAAGAAUAAAUCUAAAAACAUCUGUCAAAGUGGUUAGUAGGUUUAUUGGAAGAUUUUAUUUGUUCAUAUUUCAACGCGUUAACAGUGAUUUCCUCACACUGCCUUUUUUUCUUUUUUCUCCAUCAUCUGAUGGUCACAUGUCAUCUGCAGAUACAUUUGGGCUUAAGAGGAGUUUUCUAAUCUGCUUCAAUAAAUUCUGAAUGAUGACUGAUAUGCUGCAUGAAAUUGGAACUUGGAGCUUGGCAAAUAUUAGUGCAUUGCUGAGACUUCAUGCUACCUGAAUAUUGAGGCCGUCCAAGGAAAACCUGUAACAUUCAUAGAGAACGUCAUCAGGUAAAUCAAAUAGAUUUGAACGAUCAUGAAUAUAAUGCUCUCUGCAAAGCGCUCCUCUCACUCUCUGUGCAACGAUGUCCUCAGGAUCUGGCAAAGUGGGCAAGCCAUUUUCCAAGAGAUCUGAUUGGUCAGUGGGCGGUCUUUUAUACCUGCUGAGAUCUUAUCCUGAAACAUAACCUGCUCCAGAGCAGGUCUGGUGUUCCGCGUAACUUACCGGGGCAACGGACCUGGAUAGAAAGAAAUCCACCUUCAUCGUGCGGUAAACCCAAGAGUUAUUCCAGAAGUUAUCUCGCUAAGACCAAAUCCAGCUUCGUUGUACAGGCCUCAGGCCUUUUUAAACUUUGCCCAAUCUUGGCCCAAUCUUUGACGAGCCCUCGCAUGAACAACAUGCAGGUGAGAGGUGACAGUGAGAGUAUCUAUUUAAGUCAUUUUAAAAUAAAUUAAAAUGACUUAAAUAGAUACAUGAAAAUUAAUAAACUGCUAACAACGGCAUAAAUACCUAAGUGAAAUGGCAUGUUUUUAAUAUUUUUUUCUUAUUUUGUUCAAAGAUGAACUAACCAUUAUUUCUGAAAUAUUAGCAAAAUGACACAUCAAAUAACAAAAAAAUAUUCAAAAUAAUACUAAAAAUGUAGUACUUAGUUUUUAUCAAUCAUCAAUUGAAUAUAAAAAGCGUAAAUACUGCCAAUCUCUGGCAUAUAUCUAUGAUGGAAAACAAUCUGCAGUGGUCGUACCACAUGAUAAUUGGUCGCACCGCAUGACAGUUUCAAGUUCAGUCAAAUCUUAUUGAUACAGGAUUAGUCACAUAAACAAAGCUCACUUGCUUCCCACAAAAGUUCACUAUGAAAUUUAUAAUUAAAACACAUUUUUGUGGAAAUAAAUUGUUUUUUUUUUAAGGCCAUACCACAUGAUAUCCAAAUGUGGCAACUCCAUUACAGCAGUUGAAAAGGUCUUUUUUUGUAUUUUUUUAAAGAAAUGAGAGAGCCACCAACCCUCUUUCUGCUUCCAUAGAUCUACAACAAAAAAUGGUGAAAAACAUGUGCUGUGCAGCGAUCCACCAAUCCCCUUCGUUCUUUACUCAGUUGCCAAUCAGACUCAGUUCUCAGUUGCCAAUCAGACUACCCUGCCAGCUGUCAAUCAAAAUCAGAGAGGAGGAAACCCACCCCUGCACAUGGAGUGAGUAGCUGGCACUACCGGAGUUGAGCUGAGAAAGGUGUGUCCGCUGAGAAUUACUUCGGAACAUUACUCAUCACUGUUUAGCCCAACAAAUAAGAACUGUAUGGGUUUUUAAUUGUACAUUUCGGUGGACCACUUUACUAUAAGCAGUGCGUGUUUUGUGAGGUGCAUGCAAUUCUCGGAGGACAUGCGUUUCUCAACACAACCCCGGUGGUAACAACAACAACAACAACGAUCGCAAACUGAGCAACAAACAGAGAAAACCACCGAAGAUGAAGACUUGUUGCCAAAAAGAAAAGGAAAGUCAGUUAUCUGGAAUUAUUUCGGUUACAAGAAGGAUUAUGCCGACUAAAACGUGUUCUGUGUUCAUCUGUUUCCACAAUAACGUCCCAGCACAAUAAAAGCUAAAAAUAUCUCUGAGACAGACAGAAGCCAUUCUACUAACAUUCACUAAAAGAGGUAAGAUCAGUGCAGGUUAACUGUCCUCAAGAUUUCAGCAGUGCAGCAUAACAUUAAGUGCUAUUCAGGUCAUCUGGUGAAAAUUCCUGCAUUUUUUAAUAUCGCAGUAUAUAUUGCAGCGUUGAAAAAAAUCUCAAUGUUAGUUUUUUCCAAUAUCGUGCAGCCUUACUUUGAAGUUCAGAAAAAUUACAAAAAACUCCAGAUUUUUGAAAAGUUGAAGUGACUCCAUAUAUUAGAGAUAGUAUAGAUAGUAUAUUUUUUUACAUUUAAACCUUUUUGUAACUUAAAGAAAAUACAGCCGGACAGAAUAUUUGGGCGUCACGUCAUUGACCCUUAAGUUAAAACUCAAUUGCGGUUUACUCUAGUUUUAUUUUAUACAUGUCAGUUAGGCUGACGUACGUGUCUGCAGCAACGGUCCAGAAGAGCCUAAGAGAUGGAGGAGCUCAGGGCCUGAGGUGGACAAUCAAGGAUGAUGGAGCUGGGGUCAGGCAGUUCCGCAGCAGUCCGUCUGCUGCAUUAGUCCAGUGGAAGCUAAGGAACUCAGAGACACUCGGAGAGAGAGAAAUGUGGUUAGUGACUUAUAUGGGACAUAAAGAUCUAAAGGAGAGAUAGAGACAGACUCUUGCUAAGUGUGCCAGAUAACCCCGGCAGUCUAAACCUAUAGCAGCAUAAUGAAGAGCUGGUUCAAAUCAGCCCCAACGAUAAGCUUUAUCAAAGAGGAACGUUUUAAGUCUACUCUUGAAAGUUGAAAGGGUGUCUUCCCCCCGAACCUCGAGCGGUAAAUGAUUCCAGAGGAGAGGUGCCUGGUAGCUGAAAGCUCUUCAUCCAAUUCUACUUGUAGAGACAUUUGGUACAAUGAGCAGACCUGCAGACUGUGAGUGUAAUGAUGUAGACGGAAAGUAAGGUAUAACAAGCUCGUCGAGAUAUGACCGUUAAGCGCUUUAUAUGUCAUAAGGAGGAUUUUAAACUCAAUUCUAGAUUUAAUAGGGAGCCAAUGAAGAGAGGCCAAGACAGGAGAGAUGUGCUCCCUUCUUCUGGUUCUAGUCAAUACCCGAGCUGCUGCAUUUUGGACCAGCUGAAGAGUCCUUAAAGACUUAUUGGAGCAGCCUGAUAAGAGAGAAUUACAGUAAACCAGCCUAGAGGUAACAAAGGCAUGGACUAGUUUUUCUGCAUCACUCUGAGACAGGAUGGGUCUAAUUUUUGAGAUAUUGCGCAGGUGGGAAAAAGCUAUCCUAGAGAUUUGUUGAAUGUGGGAGCUGAAGGACAAAUCCUGAUCAAAUAAAACUCCCAGAUUUCGCACAGUGGGGCUGGAUGCCAGACUGAUGCCAUCUAGCAUAGCUAUAUUAUUAGAGAAUGCCUCUCUAAAGUGUCUAGGACCGAGGAUCAGAACUUCAGUUUUGUCUGAGUUGAGCAUCAGAAAGUAAUUGGUCAUCCAGGAUUUUAUAUCUUUGAGACAAGCUUCUAAUUUGGUCACCUGGUUUGUUUCUUCUGGCUUCAUGGAUAAGUAUAACUGGGUUUCAUCUGCGUAACAAUGGAAAUUAAUCGAGUACUUCCUCAUAAUUUUACCCAGAGGAAGCAUGUACAAGGUAAAGAGGAUCGGUCCAAGCACUGACCCUUGCGGGACUCUGUAGCAGACUUUGGUGUGCGCAGAGGAUUCAUUAUUAACAUGGACAAACUGGGAUUGAUCCGUUAGAUAAGAUUUAAACCAGGAAAGAGUGGAUCCUGCGAUGCCGAGAGAUUGUUCCAGUCUCUGAAGCAGGAUGCGGUGGUCGAUCGUGUCAAACGCAGCCCUAAGAUCCAACAGGACAAGAACAGAGAGAAGACCACCAAUCCUCCAAUAAACCGUUAUGAAGAAAAUCACAAAGUUGAUUCGCAACAACUUUCUUUAGGACUUUAGAAAUAAAAGGAAGGUUGGAUAUUGGUCUAUAGUUAGCUCGGGUGCUUGGGUCAAGAGUAGGUUUUUUAAGGAGAGGUUUAAUCAAUGCAGUCUUACCAGACUGGGGAACAUAUCCUGUCAAUAAAGACGUAUUGAUCAAGUUAAGCAAGGAGGUACUGCUCAAAGGAAGAGUUUCCUUCAGCAGUUUAGAUGGAAUUGGGUCUGAAAGACACAUAGAUGGUUUGGUUGUCAACACCACUGAAUUUAACUCAGGAAGGUCAAUAGGUGCAAAGUUACUAAGGUGCACCUGAGGCCUUAGGGGCUCCUCAACAAUUUCAAGGUUAUCUAAGAGAGAGACACCUGACGAAGGCAGGAGGUUACUAAUUUUACCUCUUAUUUUUAAGAUUUUUUCAUUGAAGAAGCUCAAGAAGUCAUCACUGCUGAGGGCUAAUGGGAUGCACGGUUCAGCGGUGCUCUGACAGUCCGUCAGCCUGGCUACAGUGCUGAAGAGAUAUCUGGGGUUAUUCUUAUUUUCUUCAAUAAGAGACAAGUAGUAGGUUGUCCGAGCAUGUUGUCAGGCCUUCUUAUAUUUAUCAAGACAUUCCUGCCAGAGAAAACGAGCUUCAGCUGUUUUGGAAGAGCGACAAAUCCUUUCUCGUCUUCUUAAUAACUGUUUCAGCUCACGGGUUUCAGCAUUAUACCACAAAGCCAGCCUCUCGCAUGUAACAGUUUUCUUUUGAAGAGGAGCAACUGAGUCAAGAAUUGAUCGCAGUGUGCCUGAGGUAUCAUCGACGAACUGAUCAAGUUGCAAGGGACUGAUAUUGAAGUAUGAGCUAUCAAUGAAGUUCUUCUCAAGCACAGAAUUAAGAGCAGAGAUUUUGUUAUGAGGAGAGUAGCCUGAAAGCACAAAUUCAAAAGUUACUAGAAAGUGGUCCGAUAAAAGAGGAUUUAAUGAGCUGACUGACAAGGCUUCAGCUUCAAGGCCAUAAGCCAGGACAAGAUCGAGGGUGUGGUUAAAGCAGUGCGUAGGUCCAUGUACACACUGUGUAAACCCAAUUGAGUCUAGCAAGGACAAGAAAGAAAUGCUUAGGCUAUUAUUUUCCACAUCCACAUGAAUAUUAAAGUCACCAACGACAAUGACUUUGUCUUCACUAAGGACUAGAUCAGAUAAAAACUCUGAGAAUUCUGACAAAAACUCAGAGUAUGGGCUGGGAGGGCGAUAAACUAUAGCAAAUACCAGUGGUCUCAUGGUCUUUGAGGCUGGAUGUGGAAAACUGAGAACAAGACUUUCAAUAGAGUUAUAAUCCAGUUUUGGUCUUGGGUUAAUUCCAAGACUGGAAUUGUAAAUAGCUGCAACUCCACCACCUCGGCCAGAGUCCCGAGGAAUGUGAAAGCUGAGGGGCUAGGAGGAGUGGAUUCAUUUAAGCUGACAUAUUCAUCCUGACGCAGCCAAGUUUCGGUUAGGGAGAGUAAAUCAAUGCAAUGAUCAGAGAUUAGUUCAUUUAUUAACACAGAUUUGGAACUUGGAGAUGUUAUGUUCAAUAGACCACAUUUUAUCUUACUAGUACUCGGUUCAGCUAUGUUACCAGUUUUAAUUCUAGUAAGGUUCUUGUUAUUUACUCCUUUGUUAAUGAAUCGGUUAGAAUUAAAGACCCGAGGACGAGGGACAGACACAGUCUCCAUAUUAAAGUGACAGUAGCUAGGAGGCUGCUCUAACAAAAGUGCAGAGGAAUGUGUAGAACUGCGGCUAUGCUCCCUGAUCUCUAUAUCAAACUGAUUGUAGCUAGGAAGCUGCUCUGAAGGGAGUACAGAGGGGCGUGUAGGACUGCGGCUCUGCUCCCUGAUCUCUAUAUCAAACUGACUGUAGCUAGGAGGCUGCUCUGAAGGGAGUGCAGAGGUGCGUGUAAGACUGUAGCUCUGCUCCCUUGUCUCUGUAUGUGAUAGUGGCUGGGAAGCUGCUCUAAAGGAGGCACAGGGGGGCGUGUAGGACUGCGACCCUGCUCCCUGAUCUCUGCUCUGAAUUGUCAGUGGUACAGAAUAAUAAAAUCGGCCAGAUUUCUGGAUAAAUGGGCCGCUCCAGCUCAAGUGGGAUGAAUGCCAUCCCAACUAAUCAGACCAGGCUUGCCCCAAAACGACUUCCAAUUAUCAAUGAUCCCGUUCAAAAACUGAGCAGUUCCUGCAGCUGCUAUCUCAUCCUGAAUGUUUUAAUUACUGAUUUUUUCUGGUACCUGGUUUGGAUGCUGUCAAAAAGCUUGACCUCCUGUUUGUGUGUGCUGCACAUUCAAAGGCUACUAAUACUAACUGCUUCUUAAAUAACAAAGGAAGGAGGAGGCAUUAGGUUUGGUGCUGUGGGAUUCAGAGCUUGAGGAACUGCAGAGUUCUGUAAGGAUUUCUUUUUAAGUAAUCUUUUUGGUAUGAUCUAGACUGGCACCUUUUGUAAAUGGGGGUGGGGGGGUUGGGUGGGGUAAUCAUCAAAUUGUACUGGUAGCAAUUCGUAGCACUACUGUGUGCAUCAUCAGUACUGUGCACUGACGAACAAGCUAAGCUGGUGGACCUACAGCUCUCUGUAGAGCAGCUGUAUUUACUGAAGCUUUAAAAAACAAAGAUUUUAAGACCUUAACAGGCUGCCUAAUGUGUAUGUGUGUGUGUCCUCAGAUCUGUCCCGCAACCGUCUGUCAGAGCUUCCUCUGGAGGUCUGUCUCUUUGUGUCUCUGGAGAGUCUGAACCUUUAUCAGAACUGUCUCAGGUCUCUGCCAGACAGUCUGAUCAACCUGCAGGCCCUCACCCAUUUGAAUCUCAGGUAACACACACACACACACACACACACACACACACACACACACACACACACACAUCAUCCUAAAGUGACAGUAGCAGAGUGUAAAUUCACCUUCUAAUGCAUUUUUAACUGAUCUGUAUCUUGGCUGUGAUUCCGUUGUAAUGUUGGAAUAAACUAAUAUUAAUAUAAUAAUAAUCCCGCCCAUCAAACAGAUUUUUCUUCCAGUCUGACUCACUGCAGUCCUCAUAGGGGGAGGUUAAGGCUGGACGAUUAUGGCAAAUAUAACAAUCACGAUUAUUUUGACUGAUAUUAAAAUCAUGAUUAAUAAACACGAUUAUUGGUGGGGGUAAUCAGCUGUUUGAUUGCCAGCAAUAACUUGCUGAUGCUAAUACUCGGCUGCUAUAUUUAAUGAUGGUCCCUUAUUCAACACCCGAUGUUGACAGUGAGGCUGCUGAGUAGCUUUAACCGCGCUGCUGUCGCUAUUCCCGGUUAUGGAGAGUGAGAAGACACAUGUAGAUCUGCAGUGAAUGUCCGUCAGUUAUCCAACCUAAAACUAACUUUACCACCGUAUGUAUAUGAAAAACCAUUUGUAUCCUCUGCUGAUUUUUUUAUGCGCUCAUGUGCCCCUAAAUACAUUUUACAAUUUGCACACAUCUAUUUUCAGUCGCAAAUGCGAGUGAAACGGUCGCACUGUCGAGCCCUGACAUCACACGCUUGCUGCAGUUGCACGUAACAUUGGUGGUUUCAAAGUGUUUUCCCAGCACAGCAACUUACAUACACGCCGGAGCAGCGCCGUGUGGCACAUUAAUUGUUUUUCUUCAAUUAUAAUGUUUUUAUGAUUGUGAGAAACCAAAUGGAAAUCAUGAUUAAAAUUCGAUUAAUCUUCCUCUGCUGCAGAAAAUAGUCCUAAACACAUGCAUUCCUUCAUAGCACUAGUUAGGGCUGAGCAUAAGAUGAAUUUAAUGAGAAUAUACUGUCGACUAACAGCUGUCUGUGCAUUUGUCUGUGUAUUUGUUUGUGCAUCUGUCUAUGCUUUUGUCUGCAUCUCUGUCUGUGUCAGUCGUAACCAGCUGUCAGUCCUUCCUGUCGUGGUCUGCAGUCUCCCUCUGAAGGUUUUGAUCGCCUGUAACAACAAACUGGUUUCUCUGCCGGAGGAGCUGGGACAGCUGAGACAGCUCACUGAACUGGUCAGUCUGACUCAUCUUUACUGGGUUAUUAUCAUUUAAACAGUUUGCAUUUCCUACAAAAUUCAUCUAUAACAUCAUUAAUAUGGGUGGGAUUAUAUCAGAGGAAGACUCAAAACACUGUUUGUAGACUGUUAUCUCUCACUCAUACUCUAUUCAUCACCUGAUUCGGUGUAGAUUCUAACCUGGCCAUCUUUGUUCCCAUCUUACCUGGUUUGGAGUAGAGUGCAGUGAUGGAGUAGAUUUUUGUUUCAAGACAAAAAAAACCUCUUCAGUGUUCGGUGAAGACUUGAGGGUAAAAACUGUUUAUGGGUCUGUUGGUGUGAACUUGGAAGGAUCUAUUGCGAGGAAAGGAGCUCACACAGGUCAUAGGCAAGGUGAGCUAGAUCCCUCAGUAUGCAGUUGGUGUAAACAGAGAGAGGAUUAGACAUCUUCAAAGACAAACAGACAGAUACAGACAGACAGAAAUCAACAUCUGAUCAGUAUUAAAACAUUUUCUAUCAUUAAUGACAGGUCAGUUAUUGAAAUCAUCAUCCAUUACUGACCCGAUUAAAUCUAUAUGAAAUAUCUAAGACACACACACACACACACACACACACACACACACACACACACACACACACACACACACACACACACACACAAAGAGGUUAUUGGACAAAAACUGAUUGUGUGCUGCCCCCUGCAGGAUGUGAGCUGUAAUGAGAUCCAGACUCUGCCUUCUCAGAUGGGUCAGCUGGAGGCUCUACGAGACCUGAACAUCAGGAGGAAUCACCUGGUUAGACUGCCCCCAGGUACAUGCACAGGCACACACACCAGCUUUAAUUUUUCCGGGACCACAUAGAGAGACAUCAACCAGUUUUCUGUUCAGAUACUGUGUGUAUUAAUGUGUGUUGAAUUGUGUGUGUGUGUGUGUGUGUGUCUGUCCCUGUCCUCAGAGCUGGCCGACCUCCCUCUAGUGCGUUUAGAUUUCUCUUGUAACAAAGUCACGUCCCUUCCUGUCUGUUACCGUCAGCUCACUCAGCUGCAGACCAUCAUCCUCGACAACAACCCCCUACAGAUGCCACCUGCACAGGUACACACAGGGAGUGACAUCAGCAUGCUGGUGCAGCAGCAGGCUACAGCAGAGUAUCUGAAUGUGUAUGUCUGUGCUCUCUGUAGAUCUGCAUUAAAGGGAAGGUGCACAUAUUUAAAUACCUGAACCUGGAGGCCAGCAAGACAACGCCUGACCUCCCAGACUACGACAGAAGACCUUUGACCUUCAGCUCCUGGUCAGAACACACCUGUAUUCACACCUUUACAACGAGACUGACUAGACAGUAAAGAACAGCCCUGACAGUGUAAAAUUAUCCUGCCCCAAACAAAUACAUAUCCUAUAAAAUAUAACUUUGGUAAGAAUCAAGAGACGACUGAAUUUUUCAGAAAUCAGCUUCUCUACUUAUAUUAACAGUCAUUCCAUUUUAGUGUCUCUUGAAUUCCAACCCAAGAACACACCUGUUUCUAUCUGAUUAGGUACUGAUGAUAGUUAUCACCUGAACCAAAUCUUAAUUAAGGAGGACAUAAAAACCAUUGCUGUGGUCAUCACUAUCCUAUUGCAAUAGGACCAGCUGGAUGGCAAAAAUAGUGCUAGUAGAACAUCAAAAGUAACUGGAACAAAAAAAUAACUAUUGACAAUGCCAAGAGAAAUGAAAAGAAACGUUUUAUGUCAGGGAAAAAAGGGUUCAAUGCUGGCUUUACUGGCAGAGGGAUACAGUGAGCUCCAGGUGCUUCAUUCCUUGAAUUUCCUAAUUUCCAGCUUUGUCCAACAAUUUGUCCUGUGGUUAGAUGGAGACCCGUAGAGCCUUACAAGCCACAAUGUUGUUUUUUCCAGUGGGCAAUACUCCAUGCCACACAGCCAGGUCAAUCAAGGUGUGGAUGAAGGACCACUAGAUUAAGCCCUUGUCAUGGACAGCCCUAUUUCCAGACCUGAACCCCAUUGAAAACCCCUGGUUUGUGAUCAAGAGAAAAGGUGGAUGUUAACAAGCCAUCAAACAAAGCUGAACUGCUUGAAUUCUUGCACCAGUAAUGGCAUAAAGUCACCAGACAGCAAUGUGAAAGAAUGGGGGAGAGCAUGUCAAGACGCAAGAAAGCUGUGAUUGUAAAUCAGGGUUAUUUCACCAAAUAUUGACUUCUGAACACUUUCUUAGUUAAAACAUGAGUAGCUUUUUUUUUGCAUUAUUUUAGGUGUCUUGGCCAUUUUUCAUUUUUUUGCAAAUGGAUGUUCUAAACAACAAUAUUUUUAUCUGAAAUUUGGGAGUUAUGUUGUCAGUAGUUUAUAGAAUAAAGCAGAAAUGUUAAUUUUACUCAAAAAUAUGCCUAUAAAUAGCUAAAUCAGAAUAACUGAUUAUUUUGCUGUGGUCUCUUAAUUUUUUCCAGAGCUGUAUAUUUAUUAUGAAGACUUUUUUGUGAAGGUCUCUGACUGAAGGUGUUUCUGUCCCUGAUCAGUGUUGAUGAGCUCUACCCCGGGCGUCCAUACGGAGCUCUAGACUCUGGAUUCAACAGCGUGGACAGUGGAGACAAGAGGUGGUCGGGGAACGAGGUGAGAAACACAAACACACACAUACACACACGCACGCACACACACAAACACUCAGCAUUUCCUGUAUAUGUGUAUGUACGUUUGCUGACUAUGUGUGUGUUCAGCCGACAGAGGAGCUGUCAGAGCUGCCUCAGAGAGUGGCCGAGAUCAGCAGAGACCAGAGACCCCGUGGAGGAGGAGGAGCUCAGUUGGCUAAUGGCUCAGGUAGCUUCAUACUUGUCCACUGACCUGAUCCACAGUUUAAAGGCUAAAACAGAAUGCGUAUUUGAAACGUGGCAGCAGCGUUGUGUAUCACGUAGCAAAAAGGUUGCCAUUCUGAUCAAUGCAGCAAAGCAUACAGCAUACGUAUCAGCUCUGUCGCAGAAUCAUAUUGAGAGCAGUGCUGCUAAAGAUACGUGACGAGUAUCUACGCUUCCAUUGCGCGUUAAUCCACAAAGAGAAGAUUGUUCUAGACUGGUAACUCAAGCACGAAUUAUGUGCAUGUAAACCAAUAUUUCAAAAUAAAACACCAUAUGCGAAUUUCCGACUGUGUAUCAGUUUUUGUAGAUGAGAAAUACUUCCCAGAUUUAUCAGUAACACAGAACAAUCCGAUGGUCAGUCCCUGAUCCAUGUGGACCUCAACAGGACUUUUAACUGCUAACUGUGUCUGGAGGUAACAGCACUGCUGAAAGGAACAAAGUUUACUUUAUUAAACACACGUAAACCUGUUCAACGGCCACUAAAUUAUAUCCAAAUUAGCAGGAACUAGACCACAGAAAGGAAAAACAAUCUGUUGGGAGCCCAGCUGACCGGGACUGCACUACGCUGCUGCUACUCUCAAAUUACACAUCCUAUAUGCGAUACCCAAUGCUGCUUUAUGGAGCAAAUACGGAACAAGUUCAAUACGGAUUCUGUAUGAUUUCGGCUUUAGAGAGGGAACGUGUCCUUUGACACAGACUGACACACAUCUGUGACUCCUGUGUGUCUCUAAAGCAGAUGCAGGCUGUACUAUUAGGCAAACCAGGCAUUUUCUUGGAGCCACCCAGUAUGCCUUCUUUAUAUUUUGUCCUCAUAUUCCUUUUUUUCAAUCAAAAUCUCUUCACAAUAGUGGCAUUGGGAUGUCUAAUUUGAUUUUUCAAUUCAAUGAAGCUUUAUUUAUAUGGCACUUUUCGUACAUAAGUAAAUGCAAUUCAAAGUGCCUCACAGAGGCUAAAAACAACAAUGAAGAUAAAAACCCAACCCUUCCACCCACACAUACACCCAUGGACCCACACGCACACAAAGACACACACCCACCCUCACUCACCCACACAAACACACACACACAACUGCACACAGUGUGAGAAUUUACGAUAUAAGUUAAAGAAACAUGGCCUGACACCGAGACAUUACAUGAGGAAAGAGCUACCUUUAGGAAACACAGGAGAUAAAAAUAGAGAUCAAAAUGGUAAAAAGAGUAAAACCUGAUGGACUAAAAUAAUAAUGUUAAAUGAACAAAUAAAUAAAAGAGGUAAAAGAGGUAAAAACCUGUGACGGGAAAUUAAAAAAAAAAGGCUAGGAACAGAGAUAAUGGAUAGAAUGACAUAAAAUAAACAUUAAGAACUUUGAUUAAAAUUAACAUUUGCAAUAAGAGAAAUCUAAAAUGGCAAUUAGUAAAAAGCCUGGUUAAAAAAGUGAGUCUUGAGCCUCUUCUUACAAAUAUCAACAGUCCCUGCGGCCCUAAGGCUCUCCGGCAGGCUGUUCCACAACCGGGGACCAUAAAAACUAAACGCCGCCUCCCUGUGUGUUUUUGUUUUGACUUUGGGUAAAGUUAAAAGGCCUGUGCCAGAGGACCUCAGGGUCCGCAAGAGUUGAUAUGGUAAAAGUAGAUCAGAUAAAUAGAAGGGGCCAAGACCAUUGAUACAUCUAAAAACUAAUAAAAGAACCUUAAAAUCAAUCCUGAAACGGACGGGGAGCCAAUGCAACGAUGCUAAAACUGGCGUUUUAUGCUCUCGCCCUCUGGCCCUCGUCAGCACUCUUGAAGCUGAAUUCUGUAAAAGCUGAAGUGUAUGUAAGUUCUUCUUUGGGAGGCCAGAGAGCAGGGCGUUACAAUGAUCUAAACGUGAGGAGAUAAAAGCAUGCAUCAACACCUCCGUGCUGGCCUGAGAGAGAAACAGGCAGACUCUGGCUAUAUUUUUAAGGUGGUAAAAACAUACCUUUGCUAUGUUUUUGAUGUGUGGAAUAAAACUGAGCUCAGAGUCGAAAAUUACGUCCAGGUUUUUUAUAGAUGUUGAUACUUUAAAAUCUUGUAGUUUUGGUAAAAGUAUCUCUCUCAGGCCUUCAGGACCAAUAACUAAAACCUCUGUUUUGUCCUGGUUGAGCUGCAGGAAGUUGGCUGCCAUCCUGGACUUAAUGUCUAAAAUGCAAUUUAAAAGGGCAUCAAUUGGCCCGCUAUCAUCAGGAGACACGGCCAUGUACAGUUGCGUAUCAUCAGCAUAGCUGUGGAAGCUGAUGCCGUGCCUCCUGAUGAUGUCCCCCAGGGGAAGCAUGUAAAGAUUAAAAAGAGUUGGACCUAAAAUUGACCCCUGGGGAACCCCACGCAUAAUUUUAUAUGAUCAAUUACUCAUGUUUUGAUGGUCUUUCUACCAACCGUGCACCCCCUUCAGUCUGCAAUACAUGGACUUUCCCAUGUUACAUAUCACAUUGCACAUAUGCAGAAAUGAUUACAGUACAGUGGCCAGGAUGUGUUAAGCAAUUUGCAUAUUCAAAAAAGCGAGAAGUGUGUACAGCAGCAUGGUUUUGCUUACUUAUAGGAAACCUUUUAUUUCAGAUUUUAGGAUAUGUUUCAGAUAAGUUACGCUCCCAUAAUGGACUAAAUUGAUAUCACUCCACUCCUCUCUUUAUUUGUAUUGUCAUAGAUAUAGGAGUGUGUUUGAUCCUCUGUUACUUUCUUCCAUCAUUCAGAUUUACUGAGGAGUUUAUCUCCACAUACUGAUGUCCUCUUUCAAAUUAUACUCUCAUGUUUGGUGACUAGCUCCACGCUGUACAGAGAUGCUUAGUGAUGCAUCUCGAGUAUAUCCCAUAUAACCAAGCAGUAACUUCCAGUCUUGUGGAAUAAAGUUGAUGUAUAACUGUUAAACAUUGCAGUUCCCUGUCAGUCCACAGGUGGCUGUCUGUGUAAACAGCAGAAACCAUGGACAUAACUAGAAAAUUCCCUCUGAGAAAUUUUGAAAGUGCCACAGGGGCUUCUGCAGGGGUGUUGUUAUUAUUAUAAUUAUUAUUAUUAUUAUUUAUUUAUUUGAUUAGGACAAUGCUCAUUAAUUGACAUAUCGGCAGAAGCAUCAUUGUAGAUAUGCCGGAGUUAGCAUAAAUGCUCAUUUUAAUCUGUUGUGCUAUGGCAGAUGUUUAAAAACAUGGAAACAAUACAUCAUACACAAUACGCUAUGAAAAAUAGAUAACACAUGCAAGAUCUUACAUACCGAGUUAUUUCCAAUUUACAUAGAAAAGAUAAGAAGGUUAUUGAUGAGAGCAGGUCUAAUUUGUUAUUAACCACUGCUUAAGGGUCUUUUUAAAGGUGGUGUAGUUUUAUACAUCUUCUAACAUAAGCUGGCAGUGAGUUCCAGGACUGUGUUUCUCUGAUGGACACCACCAUUUGGCCAAAUUUAGUUCUGCGCUGUUGUACAUGACAAUCUCUUCUACUCUGUGCUCUGGUGUUUACUGUAAAUGAUUUUUUCUUGAUGAAGUCCUGGGGCCUCAUUUAUCAACCGUACGUUCGCAUAGAUGUGUGCGUUAAGAGUGCGUACGAACAUUCCCACGCAAAGUCUGGAAUUUAUCAACCUGUACUUGUGUUUCGGAACGUGCGUAAAUUUAAGCACAACUCUGACCAUGCGUACACACAAAACCUAGUGGUAGGACAGUAAAACUACAAAUAGAACCCAUUAAAGGAGUCACAGCGUUCUGCAAUCUCAAACUUCACACAUUUUCCCGUUGCCUCUAUACAAAAUUUAUCAAUUAGCAAUUUAGCAGACAUUUUGAAUCAUUGGUGAGACAAGCUAUAAAAAUCUGCUGUGACAGGACAACCUCAAAAGAAGUCUUACAAGUAAAAAUACAACUAUCAUGGUUUAUUUUGCGCUAUUGGAGGACUUGGAGAAGCGUCUGCUCCUCCGCUGGGAGCGCGUUUUCAAAGAUCGUGCUGAUCUGUUCAGUGAGAACUCAGAGUGGAUUCUCAGCAGGUACCGCUUCCCCAAAACAUUUUAAUGGAUUUACGCCUUGAUUUACUACCCGUGUCGAAGCGAGAAACAAAACGCACCAAAGCCAUCCCAGCGCACAUCCAGCUCCUGUCCACCCUAACCGGAACAUUUCAGCGUGAGAUUGGAGACAUAUGCGAUAUUUCGCAGCCAACGCUAAGCAGAAUCAUGCUGGCAGAGUUGGAUGUAAUAAUUUCUCUGGCCUCAAUUUACAUCCAGUUCCCAAACACACAUCAGCAACAAGCUGAAAUAAAACGAGGAUGUCACGCCAUCGCCGGAUUCCCAAACACAAUUGAAGCCAUAGAUUGCACCCACAUCGCAAUAAAAGCACCUUCACACAAUAAAUUCAGAUUCGUCAACAGGAAAAGAUUUCAUUCAAUCAAUGCACAAAUAAUCUGCACACACAUUUGAUUCUGUUAAACGUUGUUGCCCGGUGGCCUGAAGGAAAGCACGACUCAUUCAUUCUGCAGAACAGCGCUGUGAGUGUGCACCUCCAGGAGGAGGAAAAACAUUCAUUCACGCAUUUUUAAAGGGAUUGCUGAUGCCAUAUAUGGUCAAUUGGAGGCGUUCCUGAAUACAAAUGACCCUAACCAUGCACGAGCACGGUAGUAAAGAACAGUUGGGAUUUAUCAUCACCGAUUACUUACGUGUGUGCGUACGACCGGUGUCCGCAUUGAUAAAUAUGGAUUUUUUUGUACUUACGCACAUUCUAAAUUUCAUUCCUAGACCAGAAUUUAGAACCUUUCCUACGCACGUUUGAUAAAUAAGGCCCCUGGAGUGGUAGUGGGGCUAAACCAUUCAGAACCUAGAUGAGACAAACAUCCAAAAACAACUGGUUGCUAUCAGAGUCCAAGAUUUUAAAUUUUUUAGUAAUUUUACAGCAGUGGUAAUAUAUAGGUUUUUUGUCUAAAGUUUAAAGUGUUCUCUUGAAGAGGAACUUGAUUGGUUUUAAAAUACUCUCAGAUGUAUGUGACCAUGUUGUGUAACAGUAAGAAAUGUGAGUAAAUAUCAUUGCAUGCAUAUACAGUGGAUAUAAAAAGUCUACACACCCCUGUUCAACCGCCAGGUUUUAGUGAUGUAAGAAAAUGACAGCAAGAUAAAUAUUUUCACAACUUUUUCCACCUUUAAUGUGACCUAUAACCUGUACAAUGCAGUUGAAAAACAAACUGAAACCUUUAAGGGGAAAAAUAUAAAAUGGAGAAAUUAAAAUAAUCUGGUUGCAUAAAUAUGCACACCCUUAAACUAAUACUUAAACAAUACUUGCAGCACCUUUGGCUAUAUUACAGCACUCAGUCUUUUUGGGUAGGAGUCUAUCAGCGUGGCACAUCUUGAUGUGGCAAUAUUUGCCCACUUUUCUCGCUCCAAAUGUGACAGAUUGCGAGGGUAUCUCCUGUGCACAGCCCUCCUCAGAUCACCCCGCAAAUGUUCGAUGGGAGUCAGGUCUGGGCUCUGGCUGGGCAAUUCCAAAGUCUCAAUCUUAUUCCGGUGAAGCCAUUCUUUUGUUGAUUUAGAUGUGCGCUUUGGGUCACUGUCGUGCUAAAAGAUGAAGUUCCUCUUCAUCUUCAGCAUUCUAGCAGGAGGCCGAAGGUUUUGUGCCAACACUGACUGGUAUUUGGAACUGUUCAUAAUUCCCUCCACCCUGACUAAGGCACCAGUUGCAGCUGAAGAAAAACAGCCCCAAAGCAUGAUGCUGCCACCACCAUGUUUCACUGUAGGUAUGGUGUUCUUUUGGUGAUGAGCAGUGUUGAUUUUGCGCCAAAUAUACCUUUUGCAAUCAUGUCGAAAAAGUUCAACAUUGGUUUCAUCAGACCAUAACACAUUUUCCCACGUGUGUUUGGGAGAUUUCAGAUGUCUUUUUGCAAAAUUAAGUCGGGCGUUGAUGUUUUUCUUUGUAAGAUAAGGCUUCCAUCUUGCCGCCCUACCCCAUAGCCCAGACAUAUGAAGACAGCAGGAGAUUUUUUUCACAUGUACUACACAGCCAGUACUUGCCAGAAAUUCCUGCAGCUCCUUCAGUGUUGCUGUCGACCUCUUGGCAGCCUCCCUGACCAGUUUUCUUCUUGUCUUAUCAUUAAUUUUGGACGGACGUCCUGUUCUUGGUAAUGUCACCAAUGUGCCAUAUUUUCUCCACUUGAUAAUGACGGUCUUUACUGUGUUCCAUGGUAUAUUUAAUUCCUUGGAAAUUCUUCUGUAGCCCUCAGCUGACUGAUAUCUUUGAAUAAUGAGAUCCCUCUGAUGCUUUGGAAGCUCUCUGCAGACCAUGGCUUGUGCUGGAAGAUGUGGCUACAAAAAUGUCAGGAAAAGCCUACUAGAACAGCUGAACUUUAUUUGGAGUUGAUCAGAGGCACUUUUGGUGACAGGUGUGUGCUGACUCCAAUUUAACCUGAGUUUGAAUGUUAUUGGUUAAAUCUGAACACAGCCACAUUCCCAGGUAUUAAAGAGUGUGCACACUUGCGCAACCACAUUAUCUCAGUUCUUUAUUUUUAUCUCGCCUCCCUGAAAGAUUUCUAUUUGUUUUUCAAUUUCAUUGUACAGGUUAUAGGUCACAUAAAAGGUAAAAAAAAAGUUGUAAAAUUAUUUACCUUGAUUUAUUUUUUUACAUGACAAAAACCUGGCAGUUGAACAGGGGUGUGUAGACUUUUUAUAUCCACUGUAGGUCUUUGCUGAAUCCAUAGUCAGGAAGGGUCUUAAAUGUUUGAAAUUUGAUAAGUUAAAUUUGAUUUUAUUCUUGACUGUUUUAACAUGCUGCUUAAAAUUAGUGUUAGAGUCAAAGUUUACCCCAAGGUACUUUAAAUGUUUGACCACAUCAAGUCUCGCUUGACCCACAGUGACUGAUGGUUACUGUCCCUCUGUUGGCUGUCGGGAGAAGUUCAUACAGACCUUUUUUUUUUUGUUUGUUUAUUUUUUGUAUUCAAGCUUAGACAACACAACACAGAAAAAACAAAGAAACACAGAAAAAGUUGCAGACAGGUGAGCUGCAGAUUUACCUCCUGACAGGCUGAUCAAACUUCUCUCUUUCUCUUUCUCUCCAUCUUUUUCUCCCUCCAGCAGGUGCAGAGCUGGAGCAGAUUGACUUCAUAGACAGUUGUGUGGGGGAGGAGGAGGAGGAAGAGGAGAGGAGGAAUCGGGGACAAGGAGCAGGAGGGGGGGGAGGAGGAGGGGAUGGUACCAGCCUGAGCUCUCAGUUUAUGGCCUACAUAGAGAGACGCAUCACCAGGGAGGUAAGAGCUCUGCCCAACUCCAAUUAAAGCUGUGACACUUACCAACACCAGAGCUAUCACAUCAUUAAGAGAUAAUAAUUAUAACUACUGAUUGGCUGAAAGGGCAAUCGCUACAAAUCAGCAGAACAGAACCGCAGUUGAUAGUUUUAUUUUGUUAAAACCUGUCACUUCCUGUUUGUAUAUCCAGGGCUCUCCUGGCAAAACAAACUCCACCAGGACAGAUGACAUAAGGAGACACAACAGGUAUACACACACACACACACACACACACACACACACACACACAAAGAGCUGCAUUUGGAAACCAUGUCACUGAUUGACCUUUGUUCAGGUGCGCUUUGUUGGCUCUUAAGUUGUGACAUGUUUUUUUCUUCUGUGGUUUUGAAAGUGUCAGGUGCAGUGUAAAAGCAGUAUAUCUACACUCCCAACUAGAGAACAUGAAUCUUAUGGAUCAGGAAUAAAUUCCCAUCACCUGAAACGUAGAUCAGGCUGUGGAUAUCUUUAAACAUACUUGACUCUUAAGCACACAUCUUUCUGGAGGAAACAGCUGUAAAGGGCGGAGCAGAGAGCUGAGGCUGUCUCCAACUACCUGAUUCAAAGGAUGUAGAGAAAGGAGAAGGCACGACUCAUGGAGGUCACUGUUCUCAUUAUUUUGGGCCCAGGGAUUGGUGAUUGCAGACAGGUCACACCAUCAGCAUUGCCUGGAAUCACUAGCUCCAAAGUUCUCUGUUCUUGGACAGACCCAGACCUCGUACUGAUGUGGGUCUUUGCCGACUCUGUCCAUCAGCUUCUCUUAAUCUGUCUGCCAUUAUUCCUCUGCAACUUUGUGACUGUCACAUCCCCUCUGCCUCAAUACUGCCCCCUGCUGUUCAUACUUCCCUUCAUGACAAUGUCGUGAGUUUUUGAGGAUGUGCAUGGUUGAUGCGCCAAACUGGGUUUGCAUAGUUAGCAGAGUAUCUCCAGCCUAACGAUAAAAAAUAAAACCAGCGUACUGAUAAUUUAGGACUGAAAGAUGAUUUAGUAUGUGAAAACCUUUCUGAUCAUCACCCCAGCAUUUUCCUGUUAUAAGACAACAGGCCUGUCGGUCUGGUUUCAGGAGGUCUUCAUGUGGAUUCAGCCUGAAAUAACCAAAAUUACAUAAAUAAGAGUUUUCCAAAACCACAAAACAGCCAGAGAAGUCUGAGAACACAGCCUGAACCGGAACACCACUUGUCCAACACUGUACCUAUCUAUCUGUUUGUCUGUCCCGCAGGAGUGUGGUUGAUGCGCCCUCCAGCUCCCAGAGUCAGGUAAGACCUGUUGAUCAUGUUUUCUCACACAACAGAUUAAAAACUGCAAAAUCCAAGCUGCUAAUAUCAACAUACCUACCUGUCUGUCCUCAGAGAGGUGUGGGGGGAACUGGUGGGGUAGAGAGGAUGAGGAGGGAGGCCCAGCUUGCUGCUCUGAGGUACGAUGAGGAGAGACAGAAGAACCGACCUGUUCAGAGAGACUCUGUCAACAGCUACACCAAGGUACCACCACCUUAACCAGUUUAAACAAGUUAAAACCAGUAUUACUGUCUCAGUCUUAAUCUAGUUUGAAGCAGUUUUACUCCAGCCUAAAUCAGUUUCACUUUGCUUUACAGGAGUGUGAAUCCAGUCUCAGACCAAUUAUUUUAGUAUCAAUCAGUUUUUAAGGUUUGAGAAGUCAGUCUUCUCUGUUCACCCGGGUUGUGUCUUUCAUUUAGUCGUUAAUUAAACUUUACACUUCCUGAUGGUGUUUCACAACAAAAGCCUGAAAAUGAGCACAGCUCAGAGCAGAAUGAAGGUCGAUGUUUAUUUAGAAGGUCGUGGUGAGUUCAAUAACAUCCGACUAAAUUUGAUGAACUGGACUGAAACAAAGAUGAAGGUCUUAUGUGAGUCUACCUGAAUGAAAGAAUGUCUGAAUGAGUAAGAUCUUACUCAGGUGAUGAUCAACUAUUUGCAACCAUCUGUAAAGGUGAGGCAAACACGCUGACUCUGGCUCUGUUAUUGUUUUUCAGCACAAAGCCACUCAGAGUCCAACAAAGUCCAGUCCAGACAACGAGGUGAGGCUCAGCACUGACUCAUCCACAUCCCCCACAACAGAUACAGUGCAUCCGGAAAGAAUUCAUACCACUUCACUUUUUCCACAUUUUGUUAUGUUACAGCCUUAUUCCAAAAUGGAUUAAAUUCCCUUUUCCCCUCAAAAAUUCUACACAAAAUACCCCAUAAUGACAAAGCAAAAAACUUUUUUCAGAACAUUUUGCAAAUUUAUUAAAAAUAAGACACUCAAAUGUUGCAUAUACAUAAGUAUUCAUACCCUUUACUCAAUACUUGGUCGAAGCACCUUUGGCAGCGAUUACAGCCUCCAGUCUUCUUGUGUAUGAUGCAACAAGCUUGGCACACCUGGAUUUGGGGAGUUUUUCCCAUUCUUCCUUGCACAUCCUCUCAAGCUCAGUGAGGUUGGAUGGGCAGCGUCGGUGCACAGCUACUUUCAGGUCUUUCCAAAGAUGUUCAAUCGGGUUCAAGUCUGGGCUCUGGCUGGGCCACUCAAGGACAUUCAGAGACUUGUCCUGAAGCCACUCUUUUGUCUUCUUGGCCGCGUGCUUAGGGUCAUUGUCAUGCUGGAAGAUGAAGCGUCGCCCCAGUCGAAGGUCUCGAGCGCUCUGGAGCAGGUUUUCAUCAAGGAUUUCGAUGUACUUAGCUGCAUUCAUUUUUCCCUCGAUCCUGACAAGUCUUCCAGUUCCUAACGCUGAAAAACAUCCCCACAGCAUGAUGCUGCCACCACCAUGCUUGGUAUUGGCGAGGUGGUGAGCGGUGCCUGGUUUCCUCCAGACAUGACGCUUGGCAUUCAGGCCAAAGAGUUCGAUCUUCGUUUCAUCAGACCAGAGAAUUUUGUUGCUCCUGGUCUGUGAGUCCUUCAGGUGCCUUCUAGCAAAGUCCAACUGGGAUGUCAUGUGCUUUUUACUGAGGAGUGGCUUCUGUCUGGCCACUCUACCAUAAAUGCCUGACUGGUGAAGUGCUGCAGAGAUGGUGGUCCUUCUGUAGGGUUCUCCCAUCUCCUCAGGGGAACGCUGGAGCUCUGUCAGAGUGACCAUCGGGUUCUUGGUCACCUCCCUGACCAAGGCCCUUCUCCCCCACUUGCUCAUUUUGGCUGGGCGGCCAGCUCUAGGAAGAGUCCUGGUGGUUCCAAACGUCUUCCAUAUCUUAAUGAUGGAGACCACUGUGCUUUUUGGGAUCUUCAAUGCAGCAGAUAUUUUUCUGUAACCUUCCCCAGAUCUGUGCGCCGAUACAACCCUGUUUCGGAGGUCUACAGACAAUUCUUUCGACUUGGCUUGGUUUGUGCUCUGACGUGCUCUGUCAGCUGUGGGAUCUUAUAUAGACAGGUGUGGCUUUCCAAAUCAUGUCCAAUCAGCUGAAUUUGCCACAAGUGGACUGCAAUCAAGUUGGAGGAACAUUUCAAGGCUGAUCAGUGGAAACAGGAUGCACCUGAGCUCAAUUUUGAGUUUUAUAGCAAAGGGUGUGAAUACUUAUGUAUAUGCAACCGUUGAGUGUCUUAUUUUUAAUACAUUUGCAAAAUGUUCUAAAAAAAAGUGUUUUUUCUGUGUCAUUAUGGGGUAUUUUGUGUAGAAUUUUUGAGGGAAAAAGGGAAUUCAAUCCAUUUUGGAACAAGGCUGUAACAUAACAAAAUGUGGAAAAAGUGAAGCAGUAUGAAUACUUUCUGGAUGCACUGUACAUCACAGACAGAUCCUCAAGCCCAGGUUGCCUGUGUCAUCUGAGCUCAAUGUCAGAGAUCACCACCAUCCUCUCUGUGAAUAUCAGUUCAGAGACAUGUUGAAAAAUAACCUUACCCUGACUGAAGGCUACCUGCCCCAGACUGUCUUUAGUCGAGAAUACCUGAUGCCCCAUUUUUGUAUCCUUAUAUGUUUCUAACAGGAUACUUACCCAUUGUUCAGGUUUCCUCUUGUAGAGAAGUAGAGUGUCAGUGACAGUCCUGGAUCAGGAUUAAAGGAAACCAUCAUCAGUCUUUAAAUCUGAGCCCUGUUAAUUUGGCUUUUCUGGGUCUUGGUGACUGAAAAGUCAUUAGUGAGUCUCUGCAGCAGGUUUCUUUCUCCUGCAGCAGGUAAACAGGCUGUAAUGUCUGCAAUAUCACCUAAACCUACAUAAUUACAUGGUCCUUCAGAGCGAGUCCACAGAGAGUUUCGCUGCCAGCUGCUGUUACUGGACGGAAAAAUCCUCUGUUUCUUUAACACAAAGGUGUAACAGGCCAGGUGAAGUGGGCUGACUUUGACAGGGUUUAUGUUGGAGUCAUCACAGAGUGUAACAUCCAUACAGGCUGAAGAAAUGUACUUUUUCUACCACAUACUCCAAAUUUCCACUGUAUGCGGAACUGCGGCCAAAAAGGCCGCCGGCGCCGAUCGUCACUGAUCGUUUCCAUUCAAGUUAAUGUGUGAAAUUCCACCAGCUUCUUUCCGGUCCCCCUGCGGUUUACUAGGCUUAGUAGCCAAUUGCCAGGGUUCUAUUUUUUUUUCCAUAUGCUGCAGCAUGCCGCAUAAAUUCAGCACAGAUUAGCCCAUGCUGGAAAGGAGGUUGGGCACAAACAGAAAAGAAAACAUCCGGCUUCUUUUCAAAAUAAAACACUACGUAUUUCAGACAAAUCGUAGAUAAAGAUAAAUAUUGCACUUAACUAUUUGUCAUGAUUUGAAUUUAUAAUGAAUGUGUUAAGAUUAAUCAUCUUAAAUUAUGACAUUUAUGCACUUGUUGAAAGGGGCACCACCCACCCUUAAUGGUGGGAAAAUAAAGAAAAACAAAAGUUUAAAUCAGAAAUCAAACAUUAAGUCAAUCUUAAAUUAAUCAAUCUCACAUCUCAAGCCAAAAUUCUCAUUUCAGGGACUCAAAUUCUGGAAGAACACUAACAGACAAGAACUUGAAAAAAUAAAUGACCUGUUUAUUACAGGAUAAUGAUGGUACAAUAUACAUGCAAUAAAUGAUGAUAUAGAUAAUUGGGAUAAAUAAUAGUAGAUGAAUGAAACAUUCUGAGUCAGCCUACGAUUACUAAAGUUAAUGAUAGUGAGUGAAUAUGCUCUGACAUAUUAACCUACAUUAACUUUGGUGUAAAGAUAAAUUCAGAUGUGGUCAUUUGAAUCGUGGACGCAUGAGACAGCAUCAGCCCUGUCUGGAGCUCUGGAGGUUUUCACACUUAAGUGAGGCUGGUCCUUGGAGAGGAUGGAGCAGGUUCCGAAGGUCCACCAUACCAGCGGUUUGGGAGGUUCAACUCAGAAGAGGACCGAAGUCAGACGAAAGAUGGGCCAGGAGUCACAGCACACAGGCCUGACUGGUAAAACCAGUGCCUUUUGCAUCCUUUGGAUGCUCCGUUGGUCUCACCACAAACCUCUGGCACAGAGGAUGACUUUGGGCCUGCUGUGUGGCAUUCAGAGGUGACUUCGAAAUCACGCAUAUAACUAAGAAAAAGAGUCUUGAUGGCCAGUCGAAACUAUUUAAAAAAUGACUGAAAGAAAAAACAGUUAAAGACUUAAUCUUGGAUUGCUAUGCGCACAAAAAUAGUUGAAGUUAAAAAACUUGAACUAAGACGAUGUUAAAGAAAAAUCAAACAACGUGAAUGAACACAUGGUGUAAAACUUAGAAGACUAACAGGGAAAAUUAAGACUAACUAGUAAGAGUAAGAGCUAAGCAAGAGUGAACAAAGCGGAAACAAAGAAAAGGAUACAAAAAGGGUGAGCACCCCAACUUUACUGGUUUUAUCUCCUUCAAACUGGUCUCUAUGGUUAGUGUGUGAGGAGAGAGAGAGGAGGGGUCACUGGUCCCCUGCUGCAGCUCCUCUCCAGGAGCCGCAGCAGGGGAUCUUGAAUGCUCUUAAUUAUGAAUCUUUUAUUCAUUAAUCCCUUAUCAUUUGAACCAGUUUAUACUUUUGGCUGGUAAAGGAGUCAGAUCUGAUGCUCAUUCACUAUGAUUAAUGUUAUUGAAUGCUUGGUUCAUAAUAAAUAAUUUGAUACUAAACACAUGGAGAAAUGUAGAAUCACAUCAAACAUUCUCAUUAUGUUUUAAGUAUCACAUUGAACAUGCUAAAUUCCUGUUACUUAGAGUAAAGUUUGAUUCGUAGUCAACAAAAUAAACUCCUAAAAGUUCAUGAAACAGUCUGAAAACCUGUUGGUCUAAAGAAACUAAAGAAUAAAGGAUUUAUUCUGUCAGAGUGAUAACUUGGCUUCUGGAACACAGAAAAAAGGACACAUCUCAUUUUAACACAAAUUUCAUGAUUAGACAGAUUAGUACAUUGCUGAAUGCGUAAGAUGUCAUUAUCAGUCACUUGUAUUCUUUCUCCAAAGGAAUGCAGUUUUUAUCAGAACAUGGUCGGCAGGGUUUUACGACCGAGGUCUGGAGGUCAGCGACCUGCUCUUCAGACCUUUCCUGGGAUUCCAUGUGUUCACACUGACAGUAAAUCUCAAAUGGGAGACCUGGAUUGAGGCAUUAAUGUUUAUUUAGAUGGUCAGUGAUGGAGUCAGUUUGAAAGGUAAUGAAAACUAUGUCUCUGUUCUCUGAAUUGGUUUGGGUUUGGGUCAACCUCUGGGUCAGUUGGGUAAUCUGAAUAUGCAAAUAAGUCUGGAAAGGUUUAUAUGAUCCUGUGUCCUGGAACUAGAUAAGGAACCUUUCCUGAGGAAUGUGUGAGUUUCACACACAGGGUUGUCUUGAUGCUACACCUGGUUAAUUCCAAAUUUCCACAAGAGUCUGAUCUGCUGGUCUAAACAGAAUGGAUUUCCUCCUCUGGAAGGACACAGUCUACUGCUUAUAUGGUUAUGUGGGAGUCCUCAUAGAGUCAACUUGAUUGCAUGUGAAUUUGUGGAUUCUUAUGAGUCCUCAUGAUUCCCGCUGUUCGAAAUUCGCCACAAAAUUCGCCUCACGAACGCAUCCGGUAGGAAUUGACGGACAGUGAAAAUCGCCACCGUUCUGCAGCGGUGCCAUCCGUAUGCAGUGGAAAUUUGAUACUCCGAAAAAAAAGGACUGGAGUUUGAAGAAAUGAUGAGUCUGUUUGUUUAACAUCUCCCAGGUGCUGUGAGUUCCCAUACAUUUGUCUUGUUAAGCUCUGUAUUCUAGCUCUACCACUUCUGACAAAAGCCACGCCCUCCGCCACCAUUGUUCACUAUCAUUGUGUCUGUGUUCAUGUCUUUUUGUGUCUAUAUGGGUAUGUCUGUCCUUGUGUGUGUGUGUGUGUGUGUGUUCAGACUGUUUACCCCUCCAGGCGUUCUACCCACACAGAUGACUCCGCCCUCUUUAUGGUAAGGGUUUAGCCACACCCCCAAAAAUCUUAACUCCACUAAGAUUGAAAAACAAACCCUCACCUGUCCUAAUCAAACAUGGAUGGUUUAGUUUUAAGUUGCUGAAACUUUUUUUAUUCAUCACCACACUCUUCUCACUUUUAAUCAGCAUGUGAGAGACAUUUCCUCCACCUGGCCUCCUCUGCAGCAUGAGCACACCUGUCCCUUAUCACCAGCCUAUGACUCACCCCAACCCCCAUUACAUUUAGGGCCCAUGGAGGACAAAAAAUGACUCUGUAGCACACCCUACAGAUUAUCAUGCUCUCGGAUUUUCUCGUAGGACUUGCUGCACACUGGUUCCAGCUCCAUCGGAUUUUACUUAUUUGAUUAGGGUCUAGCACCGGACAGUUCAGUACAAAACUUGUGUCCAUAUGUUGUAGCACCACCUGGUGGCAGAGGUGAACAUGUUUUUCAGUUAAUGGCCUGGAAGUCCUUCUUUAUUGAUGAGAUGCAGCUGAGAUUUAUUCAGGACACACCUGAUGGGGUACCAGAGCAGCAAAAAGGUGCACAGUAGUGACAGUGGGACACUGCUCGGGCUCGUUGGUACCCCAUUGGGCACUUGUGAUUCUUUAAGCUCUAGAGUAGACCUCACCUCUCUUUAUCGUGAACUAGUUAACUUGUGGAUGAACUCUGCUUUUCUUUCCCCUCCUUCCCUUCAUUUCUUAUUUUGGUCAUUUUCCUUUCAUCUUUUUAUUUACUUCCUGUUAAAGCUGCUCUGUCUGUCUCAGUGUGUGCUGGUGUUUGAGAAACACAUCCUGGUUCACACAGACAGGUGACACUCACCUGCUUUAUCUCUCCUCUGUUCUCCCCAGUAAACCUGCUGCUGCUUUGUAGAACUGUUUUACUCGAGAACCUCUAGAGAAGCUGUUUUCUCCUCCACAGACCUCAGAGUUCAUGUUAGCUGGUACAUUUAGACUGAGAGGCAGAUGAAGACAUCAGACAAAGACUUUCAUGGAAAAAGUGUCAAACACAGAGUAUCAGUCUGGAUAUAUGAAUGUAAAUAAGGCUUUUCCACCUGUGAAGAAGUGAGAUGGUUGGAUAUUUGAGUUUACAGUUGACACAUGCUGUAGGUUCACCACAGAGCAGAGAAUAUACCUAAUAUAUGAUCAACUAUAUAUGAUAUAUAAUACAUGAUCUCAGAGCAACAGGGAGCUGGAUGUUUUAAAGGGACUGAUAGGAAACACAGCUGACCUUAAACCUUAAGGGGUAAUUCUGGCGCAAGUUUAAGUCACGGUCAAACUAGGGCUGGGCGAUAAAACAAUAGAGAUAUAUAUCCAAAAUAAUUCCCUCAGUAUUAAUAUAAAACAUGGUCAAUAUGCUUUUUGAUAGUUGGCAUUCUGCCAUGUUUUGGUAGACUAUACGAAUUACCAAUGAAAAGGGAAGUUGCUCCGGUCCACUUUGCGCUGAACCAAUCGUGCUGAAUUAGAACCAAGUAGCAAACAACUGCGUAGCAGCAGGCUGCAGCUACACACAACCAUAGCACAGGUGAAGCCAACAGCACUGUCGGUGAGAAAAAAAGAAAAUGAGUGCUAUCCCCAGCAGAAAUGCAGAUAAAUUUUCAACAGAUGACAUCUUUGACAAAACUGGUAAGAAAACAUCAGUGAUUGAGGUUUUUGGUUUUUUGAGGUUAGACAUGAAGCAGAGUAAUGUGCACUGCAAAUUAAGUCGAGUACAUGUUCUUGCAAAGUCGGGGAAUACCUCAAUGUUCAGGCUGCAUGCACUACCAAUUUAGUGUUCUCAAACAUUGUUGCUGAUUGGAAAGGAGCAACACACGAUUCAAGGAUUUUUCAAAAACUCUUCACUUUGUGCUCAGUUUGAGAGAGGGCAACAUAGUUGGUUACUACUAGGGGACAGUAGAUAUGCUCAGAGUUCCUAUUUAUUCAUGCUUUGGCCACAUCCCACAACAAUUGAGCAGCAAAGACACAACAGGACUCAUAUUAGCACUGGCGGGAUGGGUGAGCAUAUAUUUGGAGUGUGGAAAAACUGAUACUAGUGUUUAUGCAAUACACUUUCUUUUGAGCCAAGUAGAUGCUGUAAGGUGAUCAUUGCUACAUCUGCAGUGCAAAACUACCUGAAGCAGCAUAAUUUCCCUGACCGUCUAACGAAAGAUCAGAAUGAUUCAGAUGUGCCCAUGCUGGUGGCAGAAAAAAAACAGAGAACUUGGGCUCAGAGCUGCUUUCACGUUGCUGACUUAGUUGGAAAAAAGAUACAUUUAACUAUGGAAUUUAUUGAUUUUGCCUUAGUAAUGUUUGUUGUGUAUAACAAAGUGUGCUGAAAAAUUACAUGAGAAACUUAACUAAGGCUGUUCUAAACUGUAGGUUGUAAUGACAUUAAUAAUCAAACUAUUGUAUAGUUUUUUGAGCGUGUUCUUGUAGCUUCAGCCAUUGUUUAGUGUCUAAAGUCUUCCCAGCAAAGCUGCUGUCCGAAACUCCAUCCCAGCUUUUUAUGAGCACCAUAGGCUAACAGGCUGUGCUCCCACUUGGGCUAAUGAGGCUUGACCCCGGUGUUCUCAUUUAAGCUUACUCUAGGACAGUGGUUCUCAAGUCCAGUCCUCGAGCCCCCCCCGUACUGCAUGUUUUGGAUGUUUCCCUGCUCCAACACACCUGAUUCAAAUGAUCAACUUGUUAUUAAGCCAUUACAGAGCUUGAUAACGAGCUGAUCAUUUGAAUCAGGUGUGCUGGAGCAGGGGAAACAUCCAAAACAUGCAGGACAGGGGGGCUUGAGGACUGGACUUGAGAACCACUGCUGUAGGACUCCACAGUCCUGGACUAACUAAGACAAAUGUAAGCCACACUCAUGCAAGCCACUUAAAUGACCUAGCUUUACAAGCCUGACUUAGGCCUACUCCUUGCUUGAUAUAAGCCUUGUCUGAGAAACCAGGCCUAUAUGUACUGUUGAUGAAGUUAGGUGCUGUUUUGAGCAUUAUUUGUGGCUAUAGAGUGACUUUUUAUGAGGUUUGUAUGAGGCACAUGGAGACGUAGACCGCUGUGUAUUGCUAUUGUGCAGUCAUUGCUGAAAUGGUAUAACUAGAGAAGCAAGCAGUUGGCAACAUCCAUCUCUUGAGGGGGUGUCUAGCUCUGUGUUGUGGUGUGUUUGACCAUAACUUAAUUUUAUGCCCUUUAAUCUGUGCUAAUGUAUUUAGUCUACUGCUGUGUGUGUGUGUGUGUGUGUGUGUGUGUGUGUGUGUGUGUGUGUGUGUGUGUGUGUGUGUGUGUGUGUGUGUGUGUGUGUGUGUGUGUGUGUGUGCCAGUUUAACACUCAGUUCUCGGAUUUUGAAUAAAUGUAAAAAAGAUAAUCUAAUAGUACUGUGGUGUUAAUAAAACCACUCAUCUGUGUGAGACAUCAGACGAUGAUGUGCAAUCAGACCCUCACUCUUACCUCCUGAGUCUCAAUCCCCCCCCACCCCCCACACACACAUACACUCUCUUUCCCAUUCUCAUUCUCUCUUUGAGUUGUAGCCUCCCUCCCUCUCUAUCUCUGUCUCUCUCUUUCUCUCUUUUUCUCUCCGUGGAUCACUCUCUUUUGCUGUGUAAUAGUUUUUGAUUGUUUUGGAGAAUAAUUUUUUAUCUUUCCAUAUUUAUUUAUGGAUUCCUUUUUCUCCUUUUUCUCUGUCAGUCUGUGGCUGGAGUGUCUGACAGCUGUCACUGUCUCACCUCCGAUAGCUCUGCUUCCUGUCUGCUGCAGGUACUUUCACCUUAUGUUGCUGCUUCCUGUCUGCCAGUCUGAAUGUCACUGUCAUUCCUCUGAUGACAAACCCAAAAACUGUAAAAACUUGAAAUUUGCUUACUCAGUGAGACAUACUUUGACUAAAACCAGACUGUGUAGAAGAAGUGGGCAUGGCCUCUGUGAUAUUACUUAUUGUUUGUGGAGUUGUCUUCAGCCUCUUGUUCAUUUCUGUUUGUUUUUUUUGUCACUACCUUAAAUUGGAAAAUGUGGUAUUAUGACACUAAUUCUGUAGGGAAUAAAUCAGCUGAGAGGGACCAUUAUCUCUUAGUCUUCUUCACACUCAGACUGGUUUCACAGCCACAGGAGUCGCCCCCUGCUGGACAUUAGACAGAAGAAAAGAUAAGAUAAGAUAUGAAAGAUAAGAAGAACUUUACUGAUCCCCGAAGAGAAUACAGGCGAAUACAAUGAAUACAGGUUUAGGACAAGUCUGCAUCAACAGAUCACAAACUGUAUCAACUUUUUAUACACAGUGUUUAGAUAAGACUCAAAGAAAGAACAUGUUGGUUUGAGAUCAUCUCCAGGUGUUCUCAGGUGUGUAACUUUCCUUUGUUGUCUCUAUACAGGGGGAGGACAGAGCUGCUUUGUCUACCACAGGUAGGCUGGACCAUACUGAACCCUGUAACUCCUCCGUUUGACUCUCAGAUUCUCAAUGAUGGCUUUUUGUCUUUUAGCCAAUCAGUCGCCUUCUUACCCCAGCUCAGGGGGCGCGACCUCCUGUCGGACAGCUGGUCUGAGACCAGAGAGCUUCCUGUUUCGUUUCGGUCAGAAAGAGGAGAAGAGGAAAGGUAAGGAGGGGAGAUGAGUAUGAGGGACCAAAAAUGACAUAAUUAGAAAUCAAUAAAUACCGAAAUAAAUAAAUAAAUAAAUGAUGAAAGAAAAUACCAGAAUAAAUAAAUGCAGAAAUAAGUACAUAAAUAAUGCUCAUUUUAUGUUUUUAUUUCCAUAUUCAUUUAUAAAUGUAUAUCUUUUUUCUCAAUCAUGCAUGCCUUUUUAAAUGUAUAUAUUUAUUUAUAUUUCUGUAUUAUUGCAUUUCCACAUUCAUUUAUGUAUUUAUUUAUAUAUUUACAUAUAUGCAUUUCCACAUUUGCUUAUAUACAUAUUUCUGUGUCCAUUCAGUCUGUGGAAAAGUAUUUAUGUAAAUUAGUGGGCGAUCUUAACUCCACUCUGGAGCAGGAUUGGUGUACUCACAGACAUGCAGUAUCUCACAAAAGUGAGUACAUCCUUCACAUUUCUGCAAAUAUUUAAUUAUAUCUUUUCGUGGGACAACGUUAAAGAGAUGACACAUGACACAAUGUACAGUAGCCAGUGUACAGCUUGUGUAACAGUGUAAAUUUAUUGUUCCCUCAAAAUAACUCAACACACAGCCAUUAAUAUGUACUCUCCUGGCAACUAAAGUGAGUACACCACUAAGUGAAAAUGUCCAAAUAAGGCCCAAAUUGUCAAUAUUUUAUGUGGCCACCAUUAUUUUCCAGCACUCUCUUGGGCACGGAGUUCACCAGAGCUUCACAGGUUGCCACUGAAAUCCUCUUUCACUCCUCCAUGAUGACAUCACAGAGCUGAGUGGAUGUUAGGAGAAGAAGAACUUUAUUGAUUCCCAAAGGGAAAUUCAAUCGUCUUUAGUCUCAUGUCUCAAAAGAUCGUCUACUAUUUACAGAGGAAUUAUAAAGCCUGAUGGCUGUUGGUACAAAAGAUCUUCUGAAUCUUUCUGUCCUGCAGCAAAGAGCCGUCCACCACCAUUGGCCAGUUUUUUCAGACGUCUUGCAUCUUUGUGUUUGAUGCUUCCUCCCCAGCAGACUGCAGCGUAGAACAGAACACUUGCCACCACAGACUGAUAAAACAUCUGCAGCAUCUUCCUACAGAUGUCUAUUGAUUGGAGCCUUUUCAGGGCAAAAGAGGCGGCUCUGCCCCUUUCUGUAGAUGAAGUCUAGAUUCUUAGACCAGUCCAACUUAUUAUCCAGAUGUACACCUAGGUAUUUAUAUGAUGUAAUCACUUCAAUGUCCACUCCACAGGUGUUCACUGGCUGAAGAGGGGGUUUGGAUCUGUGGAAGUCUAUGACCACUUCCUUUGUCUUUGAGGUGUUGAGGAGGAGGCAGUUUUUGUAACUCCAGUCACUGAAGACUCUUAUCAGAUCUCUGUAUUCAGCUUCUUGUUCAUUUCUGAUAUGUGCCACAAUAGUGGUGUCAUCUGAGUUUUCCUGGAUGUGAGGGACUCAGUGCUGUAUUUGAAGUCUGAUACAGUGUGAACAGGAAUGGCGCCAGCACUGUCCCUUGUGGAGCCCUUGUACUACUCAUUAAAGUCUCAGAAACACAGUUCCCCAGCCUGACAAACUGUGGCCUUCCUGUCAUGUAAUCUGUGAUCCAGGAAACACAGGCAGGAUCCACUCCCAUCUCUGUGAGCUUGUCUUUAAGUAUGGUGGGUUGGAUUGUGUUAAAUGCACUUGAAAAGUCGAAGAACAUGAUCCUCACAUAAACCCCAGGUUCCUCCAGAUGAGACAGGGCACAGUGGAGCAUGUAGUGGACAGCAUCAUCCACUCCAAUGUGUUCUUUGUAUUCAAACUGCAUGGAAUCCAGUUUGUCUUUGACCUCAGACCUCAGAAGGUGUAGAAUUAGCUGCUCCAGGGUUUUCAUGAUGUGUGAUGUGAGGGCCACUGGUCUGUAGUCACUGAGUUCAGCUGGACAUUUUGUUUUUGGUACUGGUACAAUACAGGAUGUUUUCCACAAAGCAGGUACCCGCCCCAGCUGUAGACCCAGGUUGAAGAUCCUGUAGAGGGGUUGACACAGUUCUGUAGCACUGUCUUUAAAAAUUUCUUGAUCCGAUCAAAAAUUCAAAAAAGGGAUUGGAAAAUCUGAAUCCACUGUUUAUGUGGGUGCAUCAUAUAAUCCGAUCAUGACGUGGGUAUACAUGCACCAAGUUUUUUUCAGAUAAAAAGCAUUUGGACAUGCAGAGUUGUCUGAUUUCGCUAAAACAACCGCAGAAGAAGAGUUGUAUUUAUCAUCAUCAUCAUGCAUCAGAUUUCAUAUAGCGCUUUAUCAGAGACCCUCAAAGCGCUUUACAUUGGAUACAUCAUUCAUUCGCUCACACAGUCACACUUUGGUGGUGGUGGAAACGUGGCUGCCAUUCUGCGCCUACGGCCUCUCCGACCACCACCACACAACACUCGCAAUCAUACACCAGUGGAGGACACACACUGGGAGCAAGGUGGGUUAAGUGUCUUGCCCAAGGACACAACGGACAGACUUGGAUUAGGGGGGAAUCGAACCGCCAACCUUCCGGUUACGCCUGUGCUGUCAACAAACCAACUAACACAGUAGUGGCUCAAUUCAUCCAGUUCAGGAGUUUCCCCCUGUUAAAUGUUGUCACUAGAUGGCGCCCUUGCAUUCGUAUUUUACUGUUCUGUCAAAGGUUGCACUGUGCGCGCAGAUAUGACAUCAUUACGCUGUUUGUAGGCCUUGUUAUGUUACCAGAGAAGCAGGCACGUUUUCGUGGUUGUGUUUUAUGCCAGAGUGUUAAUAACUAAACCUGCUGUACUGGUCUCAAUAAAUAGGCCAAAGGCUAAAGAGUGAAGAUCAAGUCAGAUUAGAGUCACGAUCGGAAUAAGUGUUUACAUGGACAGGUUUCGGAAUUACAAUCAGCUUUAACCACCCCUUUUGAUCAAAAUACAAUUUCUUUCCGAUUGAGACGAAUUGGAUCAGAAUCUUCUGAUCAACAUGUUUACAUGCCGCAUUUUUAUUACAAUCGGGCACUUAUUCCUGUUAUUUGUGCCAUUGUAAAACCCAGCUUUUGACAGACAACAGCUGAUGUUUUAGGAGGGAGGUAAUUGAAGUGGUUGAGACAUUUGAACAAGUUGCAGGAGGAAGGGGAGAUUUGUUGAGGAAAGAAAGGUGGAGUAGCAGUGGAAGUGUGUCAGCAGUGUCAAAUCUGUGAAAGAACAGGUUGAGUUCAUCAGCUCUUUCCACAUCACCCACCACUGGCUGUCUUUUCUUUUUAUUGCUGUGUCCAGAGAUGGUACUGAUUCCUGUCCACACUUCAUGGAUGUUGCUGUGUUGUAGAUUCCUCUCUAUCUUCUUUUUGUAUUCCAGCUUUGCCAUGUCUAGUCUCCUUUUUAACUCUUUUUGCACUUAUUUGAGUCGUUCUUUGUCACCAUCUUUAAAGGCUUUCUUUUUCUGGUUAAGGAUUUCUUUUAUGUCACUUGUGAUCCAGGGUUUGUUGUUGGGGAAACAGCGACGUCUUUGUCAGUAUAACUGUGUCUCUACAGAAGUUGAGUUCAGUAAAGCUGUCAACCCGUCUGUCAAUGUUCAUACUCUCCACAUCUGUUUCCAGCAGCACAGGCCAGUCUGUUGAUUUAAAACAGUCCUUUAGAGCUUCACUAGCUUGAAGUCCAUCCUCUGAUUUUGACUUAAGUCAACCACCACUCGGUAAUGGACGAGUGCAAUGAAUCAUUUCCCUGAAGACUUCGACUUCGACUAAACUUUAUUCAUCCCUUGGGAUGACUCCCGCAGGAAACUGGGUUACCAGCAGCUUUUACAAGUAGAGGCACAGCACACAGAGGUAAAAAAGUGCAGAGUGAACACAGAGGUAAAAAAGGUGCGAAGUGCAACAUGCAAACCGUAGUCACAACAUAAAAUACAAGUUACAAAAGGAACAUAGUCUGCAUAGAGAUGGAAAAAAGAAAUACACUCCUAAUAAAAUAUAGAGUUGGCAUAUGAUGGUGUGUGUGUGUGUGUGUGUGUGUGUGUGUGUGUGUGUGUGUGUGUGUGUGUGUGUGUGUGUGUGUGUGUGUGUGUGUGUGUACGCGUGUGCGAGCGUGCGUGCGUGUGUGAUGGGUGGAUGGUUGCAGCAUGUGAGCUGAGUGGGUGGUGUCUGCUGCCUCUUCCCUACUGUCCUCAGUCGGGAGAUUAUUUUUUUUUAUUAUCAUGUGAUUGACUUAAUACGCAAACUGAGCACUUCAGAAAUCGGCCCUUUAAAAUGACACUUGGACGGUCAGGAAAUCCUCCUGGCUGCUUCGCUGAUGAGAACCAAUCAUAGGCCAAACUGCGUUCCAUUAUUCCAAUCAUGCGCACACUCUUCACAGGUACUUGGAGUGCUUGGAGAGCCUGUGGUAGCAUUGCAAAACUGCGAGAAAGAGAAGCAGGACUUAUCCACGCCAGUGUUGUGCCGUAGAAUGCACCCCUGCCGUAGAGUGCCCCCCUGACGAGAGUGCGGUUGAAAGUAGAUAAGGUGAAAUAAUUCAAGUUUUCCCUACCGUAAGAUAAGCAGAAAACAAUAGCCCUCUUAUUCAGAAUAUUUGCCGUCCCGAAAGUAUAUUGUUCUCUACCUUGACAUCUUACUGUACAGUUUAUAUAUCCAAGUACACCUCGAUAUUUUCAUUUUUGAGACACAUUAAAACAGAACGAAAGUUUGCUAGUAGUCAUGAUCCAAAUAGUCGUCUCUUUGUAAAAUACACCGGGGACAAGGCAGACCAGAGUGUAGCGUACACAUUUACCUGCAUUUACCAGCAGAUUGAAUUUGGUGAGUAAUGGUUUCAAUCGUUUUCAUAUUUUGUGGUAUAACAAAGUUACUGCCGUUCGCUACAGCUUGCGUUGAACACUGCCAGAGCUAGCCAAACCUCCGGUGAAAAAAUAGCUCCCGUUUGCUUGAUAUUAAGUUAGCAUCAAGCUUGUGUAGUUAAUGGUAACAUAAAAGAAGAAACACAAGCUUCUUUCUAAUAUCUCUGUAAUUGGUAUUUCAGGGACGUGUGAGGAUAAUAUUCAGGUGAGGGGCUGAAAAGGCUGAAGGUGAAGUGGUAAACUCUAGAACUUGUUGUCCUAUGCUUUGGCCCAUGCUUGAUGCCUUUUGUGACAAAAUAAAAACAUGUGAACCCUGGUCUUUUUAACACUCCUUUUUGCCGCUUAUGUUAUUCAUUGAUUCAUUAAAACGUAAUGGUUUUGAGCCAUCUAAAACAGCGAAAGCGGGCGUCGCGCGUUUACUGCUCUGGCUCCAUCCAUUGACAAGACGGGGUGUCAUUUUUUUUCAGCGCAACAUUAGCGUGAGAGAAGACAACACGGAAGAGUGUCACGAAAGGCUUGCUGUGUGUUUAGACCACAAGCUACUAAAGCUGUUGUGUAAAUCGCUAUGUUGAUAUUAUUUUUAUAUGGUUGUCAAGAAACUGGGGGUGCUCAGCAGGCAAAGAAGCAGGCUGCUGAAAGUGAGAAGCAGGCAAGGCUGAGGCAUGUGGCCACUCAGCGUUAAAAGGCCAUGGAGACUCUGGCGGCCCAGGCAAAAAGAAAAAAGAAAAGUGAUCAAUUGGACUUGGUAUUGGAUCUAUUGGUAUUGUUCUCCAGUCAGGCAGGGCAUACAUUGAUCUAAAGUGCAGGAUGUAAAGUCUUUAUUUUUUUUAUUGUUUUUUUUUCCUCUUUAAAUUAUUAUUGUUCAUAUGGCCUUGUACAAACAGUUUUGAACACCUCUCUGACUCAUCUAACUCAUUUAGCUUCUGUGAAAGUAAACUUUGUUUCUAAAUAGAACAUGGCCAUCACAAGAUGCAUGUGUGUGUGUGUGUGUGUGUGUGUGUGUGUGUGUGUGUGUGUGUGUGUGUGUGUGUGUGUGUGUGUGUGUGUGUGUGUGUGUGUGAGUGAGACUUGGAGUGUUUUUGGCGCCUCCUGCAGAUCACUGAAACACAGUGUGGGUGGACAGAACUCGUAUUUCCUCCGCACCCUUCUCACCUUUUCAACCCCUGACCCAUUUUCAUGCCUGCGCUUCCCUUAUCCAGGUGGGAGUGGGUCCGGUGUAGCAUGUAGAGGAUGGCAUCCUCCACCCCAACAUCUGGCUGGUAGGUGAACUGCAGGUGGUCUGAAGAAGGUGAAGAAGAGCCGCUCCAGCGUCUUCAUAAGGUGGGACGUAAGUGCCACCGGUCGGAAGUCAUUCAGCUCGCUGGGCCAGUUCUUCUUAGGCACCGGAACUAUCCAGGAUGUCUUCCAGAGGGUGGGCACUCUCCCUAGUUGCAGGCUAAGGUUGAAGACGCAUUGCAGUGGUUCCCCCAGUUCUGUGGCACAGGUCCUCAGCAGUCUUGGACACACCUUGUCCGGACCUGCUGCUUUCCCGUGUUUUAGCUUCCUCAGCUGACCUCUGACCUCUUUCACCUCCCACUGUGCCUCUUUCAUGGCCUACCUAUCUCCGCUCCUGAGGGCAGCCUUCUUUUAGCUUAGGACAGUUUUGACUUCCCUUGUUACCCACGGUUUGUUAUUAGGGUAGCAAUGGACAGUCUCAAGGUCCUUACACACCGGCGAAUUUACAGAGCGAAGCGAAAAGGCAAGAAUGCGAAAAUAUUUGCCGGUCCGAAAAAUCGCUUUCGCCUAUACACACCGGGCGCGAAGCGAAUAUGCGUAUAAAUUUUGCAAAGCGAAGUUCUAUCCCCCAAAAUUAUGCCAGUAUUUUAGAAUGUCCCUCGGGCAAUUUAAUGACCUCCUCCAGCAGCUGACCCCACGGCUGGAGAAGCAGACAACUAACUACAGAGAGCCAAUUGGUCCAGAGGAGCGGCUAGCCACAUGUCUGAGGUAAGAUUAAAUUAAUAGGCAAUAUUCUAUAUGAAUGAGACAAAGUCCCGUUUUCUUGAAAGCUCCGGGCCCCCAGCCCCGUUAUAAUGUAUAUAAGCACAUAAUAGCUCAUCUAUAGCUCACUCGUCUCCAAAAGCAGCUGGAUGGGUUUGACAUAGCGUGCUUGAUAAAUGAAUGUCAUCAACAACAUGACUUUUGAUUGGCUAGAGGUCUAGCAGGUCCAGAUAUUCGCCUGCGAAUCUCCGAAAAAUUCGACACAAUAGCGAAAAAAUAAAAGACGCUUUUCGCCCGGGGAAAAAUCGCCGCCGGUGUGGAAGCUUGCAUUGACUUUAUGCUGUUUUAAAAAAAGGCAAAUAAAGGCGAAUGAUUCGCCUGACAAAUUCGCUCCUGGUGUGUAAGGACCUUUAACAGGGGAGACCGCAUCUGCGCAGAAGUUCAGGUAGUCCGUCAGACAGUGUGCCGGCCCCUCUAUCUCCUCGCCAUGUGGGUUGGUCAGCAUGUCCCAGUCUCUGGUUGAAGCAGUCUCUCAGUGCACUGUCCAUUUUAGGGGACCACCUCCUGCUGGAACGAGUGGUUACUGGCUGCUUCUUGAUCAGGGGGUGUAGAGUGGCUGUAGGUAAACCAGCUUGUGAUCUGACUUUCCUAGUGGGGGGAGGGGAGUGGCUCUGUAUGCAUCCUUCACAUUAGCAUACAGCAGGUCUAUUGUCCUAUUGUUCCUUGUGGGACAGUCUAGAACUUGGUGGAAAACAGCCAAAGUAGAGUCCAAAGUUGCAUGAAUCAAGUCCCCAGAGAUUAUUAUGAAAGCCUCAGGGUGCUGUGUCUGCAGCCUCGCUGUGACAGAGUGAAUCUUCUCACAGGCAGCAGCUGCGUCUGCUUUUGGUGGGAUGUAAACACAGAUGGCGAUCACGUGACUGAACUCCCUCAGCAGAUAAUAUGGCCGCAGGCUAACAGCUAGUAGCUCAAGGUCCUGGCAACACCACACAGUCUUUACAGAGAUGUGUCCGGGUUACACCAUCAGUUGUUUACAUACAUGAUGAGCCCCCCACCUUUUCUUUUACCGCUUGCUUUUGUGUCUCUGUCGGCUCUCACGGCGAUGAAUCCCAGCAGGUCCACGUUAGCGUCCAGUACGAGAUGGUUUAGCCAUGUCUCUGUGAAGAUGAACAGACUGCUCUCCUUAAAGAUCCGUUGGUUGUUCAGUGCGGACAGCUCGUUGAUCUUGUUCGGCAGUGAGUUUACAUUCCCCAUGAUUACGGAGGGAAUCGAUGGUUUGUAGCGCCUUCGGUUCUCCUUUAGCUUAGCCCCAGCCCUGCAGCCCCUGGGUCUUCUCCUCAGCUCUGCCGGGAUAGCGUGUCGUAUCGUGGAGCGUUCCAUUGUUCGUAGAGCCAGUAGUUCCCCUCUCGUAUAUGUUAGAGGAACGUGUUUGCACUUAAAGGUUAAAAAUAUCCAUGGGAUAUAUAAAGAUAUAUAUAUAUAAGUAAUGAUCAUAAAUGUUCUUCCUUGAGCUGCCAAACUUAACUGCACUCUGUGAUGGAGAUUGGGUACCAAGCCCCAGAGUUGAACUAAGAGCUAACUGACCUGAGAGAUAAGAUCAUGGCUAAGAUGUGCUCCUGUUUCCCACUACGAACAUCACUGCGACCAGUGAGCUGACCUACAGUACAGUGGCAGUGAUCCUUGAGAUGCUUUGACAGAAAAGCGAAUACCAAGGAGUCUACCAAGGAGAACAAAGGGCAGUGCCCAUACCAAGGAGAACAAAGGGCAGUGCCCACCAUGGAGGAGAAGGUUGGAGGCUAAGAUCAAGGUGACACGGAGAGAACUCCAGAAUGGUGCAACCACAAAAUAGGUACCCAAGAGGUACAGACAGAUGCUGCUAAACAAAGACUCCAAGCCUUGGCCACCCGACUGAAGAGGUACACAAGAGAGACAGAGGCCAAGCGAAUAAAGUGGCUGUUCUCCACUGAAACAGCCAAAGUGUACCAGCCAAAGGGUAAUAACACUCAAGCAAACCCACCAAGGCUGGAGACUGAACAAUUCUGGAAAGGCAUAUGGGAGAAAGGGGCAUCACAUAACGAUGCACAGUGGCUAAGCGAUAUCAACAUCAGAAAGAAGAAAUGCGAGAAACUAGAGAAGUUAGAAGAGAAGAGGAGCUAGAGAAAGCCUGGAAGGUGAAGGCAACAGUGGUGCCUGUGGUCAUCGGGGCACUCAGGGCAGUAACCCCCACACUGGAGAAGUGGCUCCAGCAGAUCCCUGGGGAAACAUCAGACAUCUCACUUCAGAAGAGUGCAGUGGACUAAGAGUCCCAGGAACAGCAAGGAUACAGCUGUAUCUAUAUCUAUAUAUUUAUAUCUAUAGAUAUAGAUACUACGCAGGACCCUCAAGCUCCCAGGCCUCUGGUAGGGGACCCGAGCUUGAAGAGACACAAUAGAGAGAAUAUAUAUAUAUAUAUAUAUAUAUAUAUAUAUAUAUAUAUACACACACACAUAAGUAUUCACACCCUUUACUCAAUACUUUGUCAAAGCACCUUUGGCAGCGAUUACAGUCUCCAGUCUUCUUGUGUAUGAUGCAACAAGCUUGGGACACCUGGAUUUGGGGAGUUUUUCCCCAUUCUUCCUUGCACAUCCUCUCAAGCUCAGUGAGGUUGGAUGGGCAGCGUCAGUGCACAGCUACUUUCAGGCCUUUCAGAAGAUGUUCAAUCGGGUUCAAGUCUGGGCUCUGGCUGGGCCACUCAAGGACAUUCAGAGACUUGUCCUGAAGCCACUCCUUUGUCUUCUUGGCCAUGUGUGUCAUGCUGGAAGAUGAAGCGUCACCCCAGUCGAAGGUCUCAAGCGCUCUGGAGCAGGUUUUCAUCAAGGAUUUCAAUAUACUUAGCUGCAUUCAUUUUUCCAUCGAUCCUGACAAGUCUCCCAGUUCCUGCCGCUGAAAAACAUCCCCACAGCAUGAUGCUGCCACCACCACCAUGUUUCACAGUAGGGAUGGUACUGGCGAGGUGGUGAGCGGUGCCUGGUUUCCUCCAGACAUGAGGCUUGGCAUUCAGGCCAAAGAGUUCGAUCUUCGUUUCAUCAGACCAGAGAAUUUUGUUUCUCCUAGUCUGUGAGUCCUUCAGGUGCCUUCUAGCAAAGUCCAAGUGGGCUGUCAUGUGCUUUUUACUGAGGAGUGGCUUCUGUCUGGCCACUCUACCAUAAAUGCCUGACUGGUGGAGUGCUGCAGAGAUGGUGGUCCUUCUGUAGGGUUCUCCCAUCUCCUCAAAGGAACGCUGGAGCUCUGUCAGAGUGACCAUCGGGUUCUUGGUCACCUCCCUGACCAAGGCCCUUCUCCCCCGCUUGCUCAUUUUGGCUGGGCGGCCAGCUCUAGGAAGAGUCCUGGUGGUUCUAAACCACAUAUGUAUAUAUAUAUAUAUAUAUAUAUAUAUAUAUAUAUAUAUAUAUAUAUAUAUAUAUAUAUAUAUAUAUAUAUAUAUAUAGAUAGAUAGAUACAUAGAUACAUAGAUACAUAGAUACAUUUUUUUUGUAUAGCGCUUUUACAGGAGCUCAAAGACACUUUACAAAAACAUAACAAAAAUACAGUAAGGCAAAGAUUAAUAGUAACAAGCUAAAAACAAGGUAUAAUCGAAUAAAAGAAUACAGGUGGGAGGGGCAGGUGUGAGAGGUGGGAUAGUGGUGAGUCAGGUAAUAACAGCGAGUGUGAAAAGGUGGGCGUUGAGGGCGGAUUUGAAGCUAAUGAGGUCAGGGCAUUCACGGAUGUGUUUGGGGAGGGCAUUCCAGAGGAUGGGGGCGGAGACACUGAAGGUCCGGUCCCCCAGGGUAUGGUGCUUGAUUUUGGCUGGGGGUGAGAGGAGGUUUGCAUCAGCCAAACGGUUCGGGCUGUGGCAGACAAUGAGGUCAGACAGGUAGGGGGGGGCCAUGUCGUGGAGGGACUUAAAGGUGAGGAGGAGGAUCUUAAAUUGAAUUUGGUGGGCAACAGGAAGCCAGUGGAGUUGACAGAGGACAAGGGUGAUGUGGUCGUAUGGGUGGGUGCGGGUGAGAAGUCUGGCAGCGGAGUUCUCAAUGUGAUGAGGUUUGUUUAGGGUGGUGGAGGGGAGACCAUAGAAGAGGCUAUUGCAGUAGUCCAGUCUGGUGGUGAUGAAAGCGUGUAUUAAGGUUUCGGCAGCAGAUGGGGAGAGAAAGGGGCGGAGUCUUGCAAUGUUUUACAGGUGAAGGAAAGCGGAGCAGGCAAGUUGGGAGAUAUGGUGGUCAAAAGUGAGGUUGGGGUCAAGAUGGAUACUAAGGUUGCGGACGAGUGAAGAGGGGGUGAUAUGGGAUUGGUCAACGUGGAUGGAGUUGUCUGGGGUGGUUUUGGUGAGGGUUUUGGGACCGAUGAUUAUGAGAUCUGAUUUGUUACUGUUGAGUUUGAAAAAAUUGUGGUGCAUCCAAGUUUUUUUAUUGCGUUGAGGCAGGAGGUGACGGUGGCAAGGGUGGUGGAGGAGAUGGAGCGGGAGGAGAUGUAUAGCUGGAUGUCGUCAGCGUAGCAGGGGAAGUUGAGUCCAUGUUGCCAGAUGAUGUUGCCAAGGGGGAGUAGGUAGAGGGUGAAGAGAAGGGGACCACGCACCGAUCCCUGGGGGACACCUUGGGGGAGUGGGGUGGUGGAGGAGGAGCACUGGUUGAUGAAUUGUUGACGGUUGAAGAGGUAAGAUGAAAUCCAUGAGAGUGCGGUGCCGGUGAUGUGGAGGUCGGAUGAUAAACGGUUGAGGAGGACGGAGUGGUUGAUGGUGUCGAAAGCGGCAGACAGGUCCAGGAGGAGGAGGAUGGUCAGUUGGUUAGAGUCAGAGGCGAGCAGGACGUCAUUUGUGAUUUUUAGCAGUGCUGUUUCUGUGCUGUGCUUGUUGUGGAAUCCUGAUUGGAGCGGUUCGAGCAGGUUGUUGGAUUGGAGGUGGGCUGUAAGUUGUGCGGUAGGUUGACUGUGGAGAAUAGGGAUCUGGGAUUUCUGGAGCCGGUGUGGAUGAUUUUGGAGUAGUGGGAGGUCCGGGCAAUGUUUAAGGCGUUGUUGUAUUUGUGGAUGUAGUCGGUGAGGGCGUGGAGGUGGACAGUGAGACAAGUUGGCGUUUUUUUCUUUUCAUCUCCCUGAGCUGGGGGGUGUACCAGGGGGGCAGGGUGAUGGAAGGAGACAGUUCUUUGGUGGAUGGGUGCAAUAUUGUCAAGUCAGGACGAGAGGGUGGAGUUGUAAAGCUUGAUGAGGUCGCCGGUAUUGGCAGGGGGAGGGGGAGGGGAGGUGGGGAUGGAGUUUACCAACUGAAGUGCAAACUGUGCUGGGAAGAGGUGGGUGAGUUUGCGAAAUGUAAUAGUCCUUGAGGUAGUCGGGCUUGGUUGAGGGAUGUGAAUGUCCAGGGUGAUUGCGAGGUGGUCUGAGAUGUGGAGGUUGUAGCUGGAGAUGUUGGAGAUGGUUAUGUUGGUGGAGCAGACAGGAUCAAGGAUAUGGCCAAGCUUGUGGGUGCGGAAGUAAUAUGUUGGGUGAAAUUGCAGUGGUUGAGGAUGUCCAGAAAGUCUUGAGCAAGUCGAGAGGUGGGGUCUUCAAGAUGGAGGUUGAGGUCGCCGAGGAGGAGGAUGGAUGGUGAGAUGGUGCUAAGUUAAAGAAGAAAGUCUGAAAAGACCUGAAGGAAAGAGGGGUUGUGUUUGGGUGGGCGGUAGAGGACAGUGAUGAUGAGUGGUGAUGGUCCAGGGAGUUUGAGGGCGAUGUGUGGCAUCGCAGUAAUCUUCAGGCAUCGCAGUAAUCUAUAUAUAUGUAUAUAUAUAUAUAUGUAUUUAUAAUUCUGUUUAUCGUGUUGCAAAUUAUAUUAAUGAAACUAUUAUCUUUUUUUGUACAAAUCUGAUCUUGCUUCAAAACUUUUGGCCAGAAGUGUAUACAUAUAUGUGUGUCUGCGUGUAUAAAUUAAUGCAGAAAUCUAUUAAUUAAUUAAUUAAUUUAAAAACUGCACGUAAAAUUCAGGAGAUAGGUAAAUUAAUGAAUGAAAAAAUAUGGUAAUAUAAACUUAACAUACAAGCAUUUAAUGAUUCAUUAUUUAUGUAUUUAUUUCUGCAAUUAUUUAUUUAUUCAAGUAUUUAUUUCUUCAUUUAUUUAUUUUAAUUAUGUCAUAUUUGGUCCCCCACAGAGUAGCACUUCUUGAACACACAGUGAUCACUUUGUGUACCUGUCUUCCCCAGGUGAAGCCGCUAUUCCUCAGAGUCAGGACGAGGCUUCUCCUGCUCCUCUUCUAGUAGGAGAAGAUGCAGAGCUGGUGGAGCAGCUUCGAAAGGUUCGUACCUCGAUCUGCUGCCCUGUUAACACAUGCAGGGGAUGCUCAUACUCCACCUCCCUUUGUUUUCACCUUUCACCUGUGGUGUGCAGCCUGAGGUGGAUCAUAGAGGAAAUACAGACACUGAAUAAGGAGAGAAAUAUACGAGAGAACAUACAGUUAAAAGGUGUAAAAAGUUCACAAUGUUCCGUGUUUGUACACAAUGUUUGGACAUUGUUUGUGGUGUCCCCCAGGGGUCAGUGUUGGGCCCUAAACUCUUUAUUAUGUAUAUCAAUGAUAUUUGUAGAGUAUCACAGGUAUUGAGGUUGGUGUUGUUUGCUGAUGACACAAAUAUUUUCUGUUGUGGGGAGGAUUUUAAAAAGCUACUGGAGGAAAUGACUAAAGAAAUGAGUAAAUUGAAAAUAUGGUUUGACCGAAAAUAAAUUGUCAGUAAACUCAAAUGAAACAAAAAUGAUGUUGUUUGGAAAUUACAAAACAGGUUCUACAAAAUUACUAAACAGUUCAUAAAUCACUUCAUUUCCUAUACUGUUCCAUUGUUUUACCCUACUUCCAUUGCUGUGACGAGAUUUAGGGCAAUAACUAUAUGAGUUCAAUCAGUUCACUGAUUAUUCUUCAAAAAAGGGCAAUACAGGUCAUACAUGAUGUUGGUUAUCUGGAUCACACUCACUCACACUUCUCACAGUAAAAAUUAUUUAAACUUACAGACAUUGUGAAAUUCCAAACAGCACAUAUUAUGUAUAAAGCUUAAAAUAAUCUUCUACCACAAAAUAUACAUACAUUUUGGGGGGUUCGAGAGGGGGCUUAUGAAUUAAGAGCAAAAUGUGUAACUUUAAGAUUAAUAAAAUCCGCAUAAACAGAAAAUGAUUUAGCAUUUCAUUCUGUGAGGUGAGACUGUGGAAUAGUAUGGGUGAGGAGUUAAAACAAUGUCCAAACAUAAAACAGUUUGAAACAAAAUACUAAGAAUAUGUUUUCACGGGAUACAGGGGUGAAAUGGGAGUGCGACAGUCACUACAGGUGUCCAUAGGAUGCUCUUACUCGUCAUUCAUUUUUCUAUUUAUUUAUUUAUCUACACCAUUGCUGGUCCUUUCUGACUAAGGGUGUGGAAAAUAAUCUAAAUUAAUCGAUGCAUCGAUGUGCAUGUGCGCGAUGCGACUGCGUCGGCUCAUUCACUGGGUAUCGAUGCAAUUGAUGGGUUAAAUCUAGAUUCAUCUAGAUGCGUUGGUGGGUAUCGGUAAAAUCCGAUGCAAGCGCCGUUUUAUUCAUGUUAAACUUCACCCCAUCUGCUGUUCCCCAGGCGCAUUGAAUGCACCAUCAUUAUUUCGCGUUUUGUAUUGAAUACGGACGGAAGCCGUGAGGGACAUACAAUGCACUACUAGUAAAACAGCAUGGACCACAUUCAAGUGAGCAGCAGCGAGGAAGAGUUUAUAUGUAAUGCACCCACUACGUUUAAAUCACAUGUUUGGAAACACUACGGAUUUGCAAAGAAAGACGGAAAGCUCGACAAAACGUCCGUCAUUUGCAAAGAAUGCCGCGUUAAGAAGCCGUACAACGGCAGCACGACAAACAUGCAGACCCACUUAAAAAGAGUACACCACAUCACCGACAAGUCUAACGCCACCUCCCCUCCCUUAACAUUGAUUGCACUGUUGAAAGUGUCACUUUAGGUUACUCAUUGAGAGUGUUUUGUUGUUGCUGUUAACUGUACUUUUUACAACAGUAAUUAUUGUGUAAUUGUUUUACUCUUUUAUUAUUGCAGAACUCACUCAAAUCACUGAUUUUCAGUGGCCAGUUAGAAAGUCAACUCUAGCACAUUGGUUUGGCAGACAGUAGUAUGGCCAUUGAAUGGUUUAUUUGCACCAUGUUAGGCAGUGCAUUAGUUGUUUAAUAAUGUGUACUGUAAUAUUACCCAACAAGUAUAGAGCACUUGUGUGAUGUAGGGUUGGGAUUGGAAUCCUUUUUUUUUUAAUUUUUUUUUAUUUUAUUGAUUCAGAUUCCUUAACAGUUGCAGGAGGUCUGUUUAAUCUGUGUAACUGUACAAAAUGGAACCCAAAGGAGCAUAGAAAAAAGACAAAAAGCACUUUUGUUGAAUUUACUGCCAAGUGCCUUUAAGGUAUAAAGCCAAAUCAUUUUUGUAGUACCAUACUGAAUUCCAUCUUUUAUUUUUAUUUCUUUUUUUUCUUUGCUUAUUUGCAUCAUGUUGAAUUGCAUCAUAUCGCAACAAAUUGCAUCAUAUCGUAUCGUAUCGCAUUGAUUUGAACUAAAUGAUUAUCGUAUCGUAUCGCAUCAUGAAGAGGGUGAAUCGUAUCGCAUCGUAUCACCAGAAAAUUCCACGUAUCGUUAAAGUAUCGUAUCGCAUCAUGAAGAGGGUGAAUCGUAUCGCAUCGUAUCGCCAGAAAAUUCCAUGUAUCGUUAAAGUAUCAUAUCGCUGGCAGUGCAUCGAGAUGCGUAUCGAAUCGUCCUCGGUGUUGAGAUUCACACCCCUAUUUCUGACAGAUGUUGUUUUGUUAUUGUUAGUCCUUUCCUUCGUCUUCUCUUCUCAUUGUCCUUUCACAUCGAAGCAGGUGUAUGCAUACAGAGGGUGAACAUUGUACAAUCGUAAUUAUUAUUAUCAUUGUUUUUUUGUUUUCAUUAAGGUAAUUAUUUUUAUUGCUAUUAUUCAUAUGAUGAUUAAUAUUAUUAUCAGUGGUAGCAAUAUUGGGGAAAAAGGAUAGAUAUAUGAAAAUCAUAAGUGUAGGAGAAGGGGUGGGACUAGAUAAGUUUCGACUUCUUCCCACUCGUUUUUUGACAUGGACAACUAUUUAUGAUUUGUUGUUGUAUUUUUUUACUUAUUAUUAUUAUUAUUAUUACUAUUAUCAUUUUUAUUAUAAUUAUUAUUUUUAUAUGUUCAAAUAAGCUUCAAUCAAAAGCAGUCAGAUUGUUCCAAAGCAUACAACUCCCAGAGGGGGUUAUAAGACAGAUAAAUAUGAGUAUUAAGGUGAAGGCGAUGUCUGCUCUCAACCUGAUGCAUAAUUGCAAACCAGUCUCAGAAUAUAAAAAGAGAAUUACAGCAGAUAGAAAAUAACCUGAUGCAUAGGUCACUUCAGUCAAUUGAAUCUAAUGUGAACAUGCAAAAGUUUAGACUCCCAGUGUUCGCAAAGGUGUUGAGACUCUGAAGCUGUUUUUGCAGACGUUCAGACUCUACAGGUGUGCACACAAAUGUUCAGAAUAUGCAGGUGUUGGCGCAGAUGUUUGAACUGUGCAGGUGUUCCUGCAGAUGUUCUUACUCGACAGGUUGUUUGUGCAGAUGCCUGGACUUUGCAGAUGUUUUUGCGCUAGGCAUCAGGUUUGUGCAGAUAUUCUUGAAGAUGUUUGAAGUGUGUCUGAUGUUCUACAGGUGUUUGUGCAGAUGUUUGGUUUUGCAGAAAUGUAUGCAGAUGUUUUCACUCUGCAGGUGUUUAUACAAAUGUUUGGACUCUGCAGGUAUUCAUGCAGAAGUUUGAACUCUGCAGGUGUUAGUGCAGAUGUUUGGAGUCUGACUGUGUCUGCAAAUUUUGGACUCUGCAGGUGUUUGUGCAGAUCUUCCUUCUCUGCAGGAUAUAAUGCAAAUGUUCUGACUCUGCAGGUGUUUGCGCAGACUUUUGAAUUCAGCAGGUGUUUUUGCAAACUGUCUGACUCUGCAUGUGUUUUUGAGCAGACAUUUGGGCUCAACUAGUCAUGUUGCAGAUGUUUGGACGCUGCUGAUGUUCGUUCUGAUGUUAGGACCCUGCAGGAUUUCUUUCAGAUGUUUAGACCAUGCAGGAUUUCAGGCAGGUGUUUAAACUCUGCAGGUGUUUGUGUAGAUGUUUGGACUUUGCAUGUGUUUUUGCAGAUGUUUAGAUUCAGCCUGUGUUCCUGCAAGUGUUCUGACUCUGCAGUUGAUUGUGCAGAUGUUUGGACCCAGAAGUUUUUUGUGCAGAUGUUAGAACUCUGCAGGUGUUUGUGCAGAUGUUUGGACCCAGAAGUUUUUUGUGCCGAUAUUAUAUUUCUGCAGGUGUUUGUGCAGAUGUUUGGAUUCCUCAACUUCUUCAUUACAUAAACAUAAGAAUGCAUGAAUUGCAGCUCUAAAUCUACCCACAUUACCUGAUUAGCAUUGUGUUACUGGUGGGACAUCGUUAAUUAGUCAUUAUAUACAUACAUUGACAGUGUCAUAGGAUUGAUCAUAUUCUUAACAUUAACUUUUUGAUAAACAGUAUUUAUGAUGCUUUGUUCUUCAUUCCUGUUUAUCUAGCAUCAAAAGAAGCCCAUUAUAUAAACUUGAUUUCCUGCUGUCAUGAUGAAGGAUGAUCCCUCAGCUCUACUUUUAUAGCCUUCUCCUAUCAUUAAUGCUUGGUUUCUAGGUUACUCAGUCCAGGAAGUCCAGGAAGACAUGGUCGUCCUACCUUUUUCAUGAACACAGACUGGAUCUAACCCGCUAUGACUCUGCCUCCCCUCUCUCUAGAACAUUGAGGCUCGUCUGAAGGUGUCAUUGCCCAGCGAUCUGGGAGCAGCCCUGACAGACGGGGUGGUGCUCUGUCACUUGGCCAAUCAUGUGAGACCACGGUCCGUCCCCAGCAUCCACGUCCCCUCCCCUGCUGUGGUGAGUUCAUGUCCGGUAAAACUCAUACCUGCGGCCCGUUACGUCAGUAACUCUUACUCUGUGAAUCCUGCAGCCUAAACUCACCAUGGCCAAAUGUCGACGCAACGUGGAGAACUUCCUGGAGGCAUGUCGCAGGAUUGGAGUGCCACAGGUAACACGCCAGGACUGACACCUUUAUCACCUGUAGAGUCUUAUGGAGCUAUAAAAGAAAACCUGCAGGGAUUAAAUACAGGUUAAAAUGACAUACCCAAGACCCUUAAGGUGCACCUGUCUCUGACCUGUGGGAUCAAAACAAGGAGUAAUGAACAGUGACAUCACAGUGAAGACUUCCUGUUUCACACAAAAACAGACACAAACAAACAGAUAGACAUAGACAGACAGGCAGGUUCAGGGUUUGUUGGUUGGUGAAGAGACAGCCUCACUGGUCACAUAAAUGUGACCUCACUCCAGGGUUUAUCAGAUGCUUCUGGUUUGUAAAUCUUUGCUCCAUAAACAGGAAGUGUCUCCACUGUGACAUCACUGUCUGCCCCUCAUACUUAGACUGAUAUAAAGCACUUUCACUAACAUGUCUCUUUCUUCUCUUUCAUUUUCCUGCCUUUCAUUAAACCUUUUAUUCUCACUCCCCUGUCCAUUCACUUUAUCCUCUGCCAUGUCCAUCCUUCCUUUUGCCAUCACCCAGGACAGUCUCUGUUCAGUGGGGGAGGUCCUGGAGGGGAAAGGGGGUAGGGUCUAUGGGACAGUGGGUGUGUUGCUCUCAAUGGCCCCGCCCUCCUUAAGCCCCUCCCCUCAGGUCCAGCUGGCAGGCUUCGCCCUCUUCUACCUGUCUGUUAUGUCGGUGCUGUGUGCCCUCUACGUCCACCUGGCACCGCAUGUGUGAAGUCAACCUGAGAACAAAACACUCAAAAGUUAUUUAUCAAUCAACAACCAAUCAACCAACUAAUCAGUUAGUCAUUUAUGAAGACGACAUGCUCUGAUAUCCCAGCACAAACUCUGCCGCUUUAGUCCAAUAUUUCGUGGUUGGUCCUGCAAAGCACAAACUCUGGAGACAUAGUAAAUAUCUCUGUUUGCUUCAUGUAUCAACCGUCUGUUCUGCCGACACACAUCGAUUUCUGGAGCCCUGCCAGAGGACCAGGAUGUGAUCCCAGGCUCCAUGGACUGUUUAUUAGAGAAGGGCUUAAUUAAGGCUGAACUGGUUUGUACAGGUGUCUAUGUACCUGGUCAGGAAUCAGAAGACUUGACAGUACUUUAAUGCUGCUCUCAGAGUUGGUGUGAAAGGCUGGAUUACAGAGAAACUUUCAACUAUUUUUUUAUGCGUGGAGAUAACAAAGCACACGUUCAGACAUUCUUCCUAAGCUAGUUUAUGUACAGUGAAGGAACCUGAGGAGUUCAGAGAGGAGUUCAAACACCCUCUCUAUUCUGGCCUCCUCACCGUCAAUCACUUGAAACCCAGACACCCCUCCUGACUUUAAUAAAAGCAUGAGAGAGCAGUUCUGAUGCCACCACACCCUCUGAGGGUUUCAAUCUGACUGAAACUGAACUUUAAAAAUAUAUGCAAACAUGUUUGUCCUUCCGUCAUCACACUAAAUCAAAUUGCCUAUCAUCAGAGUAACUCCCAAAUAAUGUGAUCGGAGAUCAGUUCUCUCUUUAGGCUGAAACUGGUUAAAGGUUCUUAGCAUGCUCCAUAGUCUGCACAAAGGGAUUAGACCAGGAAGUUGAACAGCAUAAAUGCUUUUUAAGAAGGUGUGUAGUAAAAGAAACCUUAGCAUAAGGGGAGAAAUGUAAAGGACGAAGCUGUUGUAGUGUGUGUUUAAAAGACACAGAGCUCUCAAGCUGUCUGUGUUUUCAUCAUUCAUUCAGUGGACAGCCCGUUGGCCUCCAUUCAAUUGUCUGGCUCACAAUGUAGUCGGUCAACCUGAAGAUAGCCUCAUAACAACAAGUUUGAAGGGGACAUGUCAACACCCUGUCGAAGGUGGACAUAGUUCUUUCAGUAAGACUGAAGCUAAAUCUGCUGCAUCCACAUCGUCCCUGUUUGUGUCCAGGUCUCAGUGGCAGCCUUUAUAGAAAGCAUGUCCACAUGCCCCUUUCCUUAUAAAUCCUCAUGUGGGAUGUUAAAGUGUUUCCUGAGUCCAGUGGCGGUUCUAGACUAAAUUACUCCCUGGGUGAGACCCCCUCCAAGCGUGCAUAAUCUCCACCUCCAACAUAACAACAAUAAAAAAGAAACUUAGAUUUCUCAAUUGCACAAAUCCUUUAAUAGAGCAUUUACAAAACACCUCCAGAAAAUCCAGUUAUUACAUCAGCAAAGACACUUUUUAAGGAGCAUAAUCUCCACCUCCAACAUAACAACAAUAAAAAAGAAACUUAGAUUUCUCAAUUGCACAAAUCCUUUAAUAGAGCAUUUACAAAACACCUCCAGAAAAUCCAGUUAUUACAUCAGCAAAGACACUUUUUAAGGAGCAUAUUCUCCACCUCCAACAUUGCAAAAGACAAUGGGCCAUUUCUGCACAAAACAGGUUAUCAGAGCUUAAAUAUUAAAUAUACACUAUACACAUAAAAGUGGCAAAUAUUUAACAAAAAAUGUAACAAGACAGUCAAGAAGAGAAGAAUAAUAUAAAAUAUUAAAUAAAAUAUAGACUAAUAAUCUUACAUAGCAAAUCACACAAAUUUUAAAACACACUAAAGAAAAUGUGAUUGCUCUAUGACAGGAAACACAAAAUAAAACUAAAACCUGACCUUUCCUGCCUUCCUUGAUGCAAAAUCAUCAAUAAUCUCGUCAUGAGAAAUCUGCUCCCCUAUUAACCCAUUCAGACCUAAACCCUUUCUGAGCCGGGCCUCUGAAAUCCUGAGGGCCAUUUUAAGAAGGGCCCCCAGAUCCUGAGGUUUUCUGAACUGUUGAGGUUUACAAAAAAGCUGAUAUCUUAGCCUCUGUAGCAGAUAGAAACAAAAUUAAAAAAGUAUUUGAGAGCUUAGAGGUGUGGCUUUAUUUGUCCAAACUUUCAACACAUUAUUGAAUACCUUGAACAAACUUAAAUGAAAUAAAGCGGCUGUAUAAAUAAAAGUAAAGACUCUGCACUGGAGAAAAAGAAACUAUUUGCUUUCUGUAAAACAAGUGGCACUCAUGAUAAAGUGUCCAUUUAAUUCAAAUGUAAAUAUAAAAAAUAAAGUGUUGAAAGGGUAUACAGCUGCCUUAGUAUAGUGCCAGUACUAAAAACUAAAUAAAUAAAUACGUGGCUGACAGUGUGUUCAUGUCUGUGCUCACCCAAAGUCAUGCAACACUCGCAGAAAUCGCCGAUAGUGAGAGCCAAAGACCUCAGUAUGAAUAGGUUGUUCACCCUGCAGGAUGUUUCUCCUCCAAAGCUGCUCUCUGCCUGUCAUUGUUUACUUUCCUCACAACGUGCAUAGCAAGAUCUGAGCAUGAAUCUGAUCGCUUUAUUAGCUUAUCAGAGGCAGACGGGUAUGAUGAUUUGAUUCACCACGACUCGAGAAAUGAUUGAAAAACUACAGAAUGUUACAAAAUGACGUAUCCGCGCUCCUGGCUUGAAGGCUGAAAUGCGUACAUACUGUCCUGGUUUGCCUAGAACCGCUACUGCCUGAGUCCUCCAAGCUCCUUUUCCUCCCUGAGUUCUGCUUAAUGACUGAGCUCCUUGGACAGAUAAAAACUCAGCCUGUUGUAUCCACACGGUCCCUGUAAAUGAGACUCCCUCCAAAACCCUUUAAACUGUUUCCCUGUAUCUUCUUUUUGCUGCCUAUCUAUGUUUAAAUUAAUGUGGCAACAUAAGGUUGCUUGGAUGUCUUUUUCUAAAGUCAUGUCUUUUAGUGCUUCAUGUAAGAUUUAGUUCAUCCUCUGCUGCCAAAACAGAGUUUCAGCUUCUUUCAGUUUUUUCCAGAUUUUCCUGAAGGACUCUUAAAGCCCUCUGGGCUUUCAGAGUGAAGUUGCUUUCUUUGGCUGUUUUUUUCUGCAACCUCAUCUUAUUGAGCAUCAGUAGUCUGAGCUCUUCAACAAAGGGUAGGAGUACAGCAUGAAAGCCAGGCCUGAAUCACUGCUGGUGCUGCACCAGCCUCCUUAUGUCUCUGUCCAACAUUUUAGUUUUACAGUCCUAGAGUUCUCUAUAACAUACUGUAAGGAAAUGCUACCGGGGUUUGGCACCAGUUUCUUAGAUUUGAGCCCAGGAUCGAAUCAUCUAUUCCAAUUGAAAUCAUAUCAACUUUCUCAUGAGUCUAACAAUGUUCUGCCUUCAUUGUUGGUGAUAAUUUUGAACAGAUUGCACAAAAGUACACUUUUAGCCUUUAAAGUGGAAAACCCUUUCAUUCCAAACUCCAGAGGUGCGGACUGAAACCAUGCAACAUGAACUUAAUGAGUCUGAUGACAUUGCACAUGACCAUAAGCUUGGAACUCAAACCUCUCAUUUUGGACUUGUUGGUCUUGACUUGGUGUGUGCUAGAACUUGAUUGACUGGACCUAAAAAUCAGUUUAUGAUGGACUUAUUGGGUUUGGUUUACAGUGGGAUUUGAUAGCUUUGAGAUGAUCUGGACUUAAAACUUGCUGGCCCUAAGACACUCUAAACCCUGAACUUGUUGAUAUUGACUUGAAUUGGGCCAAAGUCGUUGGUGUCUGUGUCUUAAUCUUGACCUGGAACUUGUUAAGCUUGAAAUUAAACCUGGACUCGACCCUGCUCCUGAUAUUAGAAUCUAAUCCAAACAUCUAAAACAAUGUCACAACCGGGUAAACUGAGUGAAAUUCAUGGAAAUUUCAGCAAGUGUUUUUCUGAUUUUGAUGCAAUGAAAGACAAAGUAAUUUUUCAGUGAAAUGACAUUUUAUUGCAAUUGCAUCAGGGAGAACUUGCAAACAAUACGGCAUCUUCAUUGAUAUCAGUCCACUCAGAAGCAGGCUUUUGCCCCCAGGUUGCACGCACAUCUAGUAUUGUUUGUACACAAGAAACCUGUCUGUAAUAUAUUGGAAUUAAUGGUCUAAACUUGCUCUUGACCUGGGACGGGGUAUUAUUACUUUGUCCUAACUGUGGACCAGGUGGUUUUGACCUGACUAAUUAGACUUGCUAGUGUUGACUAGAGAUGGGAUUUAUGGCACUUUGAAGGGAGCCGGAGCUGUUUCUUUCAAAGAGCCGUUCAAAAGACUAGCUCGUAGUUCUAUGUAUUUUCUUUUUAGAAGUCAACCAGGGCUACACAACCCACCAUAUCUCCAUCCUUCGACAGUGAGAUCACUGUUUUGAAUGUUUCCUCAACUAAAAAUCUUUGUGACACAGUAAAAACUAUGCACGGCUUGCCACUGUGAUUCUUGUGUUCUCAUCAUUCACUUAAAGAGCCAUUCAAACUGACUUGUUCGUCACAUUUCUAGUGUUGACCUGAGGCUUGUUGGCCCAAACUUCCUUGGUGCUAGGACUUGUUACUUAUUAACUUAGAACAUGGAAUCAUCAGUCUUUACCUGGAUAUGCUGCCGUUUAGAUGGUCUGGACUUGAGACAUGUUGGUCUCUUGAAAUAAGACUUGGACUCCACAUUGUUUGGUGCUUGCUGGGUUUCAAACUUGCUCCUGACUUGAGACUUCUCAGAGUUUGUAAGUCUAGACUUGCUCCACGUUGAACUUGUUGGUUAUGUCCUUGAAAUUCCUAGUCUUGACAUCUCUUCAACAGGACUUGUUGGCCUUGACUUACUUUGGUCCCGGGGUUUCUUUUUUUUUAUUUUUUUGGUCUUGGCCCGAGACAUAAGCUUUAUCCAAGAUGCAGACUUGAAUAAAUCAGGGACUUGUUGGCCCUGGCUUGUUGAUGUGGAGUUUGCAUUCGGCCUUUGUUUGUGCUUACCCUAAAACUAGUUUGGGACUUGGGAGUCUUGACUCGGGGCCUUAUGGUCUGAACUAAACGGAGAAGAAAUGUCCAAACAGAUGUUGGUAGCUGUGUGCUGAAUUUGCCAAAAGUCUGUAAAUUUCCUAAGAAUCUCGUGAUCCCUCGGGUGAGGUUAAAACUUGACAAUCAAGGUGGAGGUGUUCCCUGAGGCACAUUUCCUGCCUGUUAAGCUCCGCCCCCUGUGCCUUAUGUUUGGCUGCCUGUCUGAGUGUGUUUGUUUUUUUUACUAUUUUUACUGUUUGUAAAGUGGUCCAGGAUUUUCCCACUGUCUUGGGUCAGAAACCUGUUGUAGGAACGUGUGAUUAACAUGAAAUGUUGUUCACCAAAUACCUGUGUUUCCACCUGUGCGCUUUCUGUGAUACUGAAAGUAAGAAGGAACUCAGAUAGAUAACAGGAACUCAGACAUAGAGGAGCAGUGCCUUCACUGGGUGAAACAGGUCCUAAGACUUAUUGAGGGACUCUGAAGUAUUACCUAUUCCUCUAGUCCCUGCAGGAUUAAAACCGUCACCCAGCAUGGGUCUGCUCUGGGGCCAGUUCUGGGAACAAAAUCAGUGGUUCUGUAAGUUUUUAAAGGUUCAGGUUCUGGUCAGAUGCAGGCCACAUGUUGUUUUGUUUGUGCAGUUUUAAGGACUCAGAGGAGACGUGGACCGGAUCCUGGUGUUCCCUUAUAAAGCAGGUGGUACCUGAGCUGGUUUACUGGUUAAACUUGACUUUGAGACGGCACUUGUUUUUUCUAGAACCUGAGGAGUGAUGAAGAGGAGGAGGAUGAAGAGAAUUUGUCAGUGUUUAAACAGACUGUGUGCCUCUGCUAUGCUUUUCCCUCUGAACAUGAAUAAAAGUCCCUGACUCACUCUGUCUGUCUGCUUUUAUUUCUGAAACCACUCACUGUGAAACAGGGGAGGUCACUGCAACAGGUGUGACCCUCAGACAGGUGCAGUCCAGAUCACUUUUAAAGACCAUAGUAGAUCAGAGUGAUACAGACCUCCAUCAACAUUCAAGUAUGAACCAUAACAUGUUUCAUUUGCUUUGCUAGCUUCUGUAGCCUCCAUGCUAACUGUGACAUGCAAGACUUCCAGACGUUCCAGUUAAGUUGGAUGUCAGAGCUUGGAAUAACGUUACACCCGAGUUGACGGCGUUCCAGUUAACAAGUCAGAAAACCAAGAUGGAUGCUUACUGUUAGCUGUUGUUUACAAUUGUCAACUGUGGUUGCCCGUUGUCAGUUGUUGUUAGCGGUUGUCAGCUGUUGUUAGUUGUUAGCUUAACCAGUUGUAAACAACGCACAACACAGUAUUUUACUCUACAAACACCAUAGCGCCAUGUUCACAGUUAGACGUUGGGUCAGUACAACCUAUACCACUCCUUUAAUUUCACAAAAACAAAAUAGAAGUGCUAAUAAAUAAUACAUUACGAGAGCUUUCACUGUUACUCUUUACUGUUGACGCACUGCCCUGUCAUCUUGAAUUAUGACGUUGUCAUCAAGUCGGGGUUGAUGAGGAUUGUCUAACUGUCCGAGUCGGAAAUCCGACUUCAGGGGGGCAUUCCAGAUGAAUUUCCGUCUUGGAGCUCAGGAAUUCCGACUUCUGACUACAACUGGAACACAGCAUUAAGUCAGCCUUUAUUUAUCCUGGAGACCAGGAAAAUGAUCGUCCUUACAGAAGAUCAAAAGUGUACGAAUAAGGCCUGAUACAUGGCCAUUACAACCCAAACCAAGAAUACCUAUUCAGCAACAGGCCUGAAAUGAGCUAAAAAAGCAGUAGAUCCAGGUUAGUUGGUCUCUCUGUUGUGACCAUGUUGGUUGUAAAGCCCAGAGCUGCUGUCGAACUGAGAGGACUGCUAAUAAUCUGCUGAGUCAUGUCAGAGAAUUCGCUUCAGUGUGGACUGGGAAGAGGACGAUGACUGUGGAAGUGUUUCAUCCUGAGGUCAUCAACAGCAGACGGAGUGGAUUCAGUGACACAUGACCCUGAUCCAGAGCUUUCAUCAUGUGAUUAUGUGACCACGUCCACAUUAAUCUGAGAUUAAUAUGAGAAUGUCAGUGAAACCUGGUAUCUGGUCAAACUGCUGUGUUCAGAGUUUCAUAUUCAUUCUGUUUUCCCCUCUUUUCUUCCCUCCAUCAGUUAUUUUUCUCAUUCGCUUUCUCCUCCCUUCUCAUGUUGCCAUGGUUACUGUUAUUUUUUUGAUUUUAUUUUCAUUUGCCAUCCGUUGACCCCCCUUUUUGUUCUUUUUUUUGUCCACACUGUGUGUCUUCUGUCGUGUUUUCCUCAAUAGAGUCAGUUGUGUCUUCCUCUGCACAUCCUUGAGGAGCAAGGGCUUCCCCAGGUGGCCGGCACCGUCAGCGCAUUGCUGGAUUUGGCCCCUCCCCGUCACACCGUCACCACAACAACCACUGCACCCGGACCCUCCAUCAACAUCUGA